GGGGAGGGUUGGACUGUUCUCUAAAGUCACUCCCGGACUCGGUAUCUAAAUGAGUGUCAGAAACUAUAUUGUUACACUCAUUGCUGGUAAAUAGGCACACGUCACAAACAAUUAAGCAGAAGGAAUAACUUGAUCAGAUUUUUACCACAAACCACCAGUUGGGAGAACGCACAGCAGACAUGGCAGGUAAGUGCAAAUCUCCUUGAAAAUUUUAUGCGUUUACUCCUCGAACAAAAAAUUAGAUUCAUGAUGCUUCAGUGCGUUAUUACCUUAGUAAAUCUGAUUAUGUUUCUUUGACAAGUUGACACCAUACACCAUCACAUCUGACAGGAGUGUGUGAACUGUAUUUUUUCCAUAAGAGAUUGGGUGUUGGUAACUUGGUUGUAUUAUAAUGUAAUAUGAUCCAUCAAAUAAUACUGAGAGAUAUAAGUUGUUCCAUUGUGUGUGUGUGUGUGUGUAUGUAAUUUUUAAUUUGUUUUUUUUAAUUUUUAUACUUCAUAGUAUCAAAAUGGUUCUUGAAGCUUUCGAUGGGUACCUAAAUGUAAAUGACCUUCAACUUGACAUUGCCAACCCAUCUUGCUAUGUACAAUUGUCUCUGCAACUAUAACUUGUCCUAAAAAAAAGUCAAAUUUGAAAAUGUUUAAACAUUUAAUUAGCCACUCCCCUCUGUCAGAUGAUUUCUCAUUCAUUGGGGAAUACAGGUUCUCUACAAUGAACAACUUGUAUGUGAUCUGAUGGAUAUAAGGCACAUUUGAAGAAAUGGGGACCUAUUGAAAUAUAAUUAGAACCUGCUCUUGAGCCUUAGGCCAGGAGUUAAACACAAUUGAUGCAUUAUGUUUGCUUUCAGAGUUCUGCAUGUUUUACAUUUUAUAAUUGCUAUAUACUUUACAAUAGGACAACAUUUGAACCUUGUAUAAAAAUAUGGGCCAUAUUUUAAAACCAAAAUGGUUUCUGAAUUAUUAUACUUUUUAAUUUUAUUCUGUUUCACUUUUUCAGCACAUUUACUUUAUUCGCUGAGUUUAUUGGUACAAAGAUAUGUUUGUAAUCCACUGUGUUGACGUAUGCCAGCAUAUAAUAUUUUCAACACAUGAUUACCUGACCUCCAAUUAAACCAUAUAAGCAAAUAUUGUGCUAAGAGCAAAAAGAUUAAAUUUUUUGCUCUAUAUAGUUCAGUCUCAGUUAAAUGAUUUAGUAUGGGAUGCAAUACUUUGUACAAUACAUAAAAUCUGUAUUAAAUAGCAUUUGUAAUACAUAAUACAAUAUUGCAAUAAUCAUUAAAAGCAUAUAUUACCAGCAUUAAUGCUCUUAAAUGCAGUGUUACACUAUGAAAAGUGUUUUUGCAUGCAUUACUUUUAUAACAAUGGGGGGGAUUUAUUAAAAUGAUGCAAAAGAGGUCGUUUUUAGAGGAAUAUGGGUUGUAGUUUAUUGAGGGGGGGUAGGGAUUUUAAUUUGUAGGGGAUACGGGAGGUAUUUGUAGGGGAUACGGGAGGUAUUUAAAAAAAAAAAGUUGUUAAAGUUGACUAUUCCCUCUCAUUUAGCUUACAUUUUGUCACGUUUGUUGGAAUUCGUGUUCUUUUGUCCCCUCUGUAGCACACAAAGGGUUAAAAAAAAACUUUAGUCCAGUAUAACUUAAGGUCUAAAUAAUAUUUCAGUCAAUGUUAUACAUGAAAGGUGAGAACUUGUCCAAACCAUUUUUCACAAAAACAGAAACUUUUUGAACAUCUGAAUUUCCAAAGAAUGACGGCCUGACUCGGCAGAAUUUCGGUACCAAAAACCAGAUUCAAGAACUGUAUCAAACAAACUAACAUAGUGGCAAAAUUGGUCAAUCAGUGUACUGAAAAUAUAUAUUUAAUAUCAUAUCAUGGGUAUAUUUCGCAGCACACUGGUAAGUGCAUUUUCCCACCAUUUGGUUCAUAGGUCAAGUCAGAAAAAGUAACUAAGAAGAAAAAACAGGAGCAAAAAAAAACCAAACUAUUUUUUUCCCUCUUUUUCUCACUUCUCACUUGUUCUUUAAAUUCAUCAUUUAGAGACUGUAUCCUAGACAUCAAUAAUCUUUUUUUUUUUUUCAUCAAUAAUUUCUUUUUGGCAGCAUGCUCAGUUUUCAGAAUUGUGAACUGAAAUGAAGAUGCUCGUUCAGUGCGUGUUUUGGUUGGUUUGGUUACAUUUCAGGUCACUGUUCUGGAAUGCCACCACUCACCUGAUUGACCCAAAUUCAGAUACAUUUGCAGUUUGAACCGAAACGAAUCACCAAGUCUAAUCAAUGUUAAUUUUUGUAAUAAGUUCUUAAUAAGGGUAUAAUCUGUGGGCGUGUCCAUUGAGCUGCUUGGGACAGUAUCAUCCAGCAAUCAAAAGGCCAGAAAGGUUUAACAUUGUUGGCCUGAGAACACUGUAAACAAGUCUGAAAAUCAUCACUUCAGCACCCGUUCAUAUAGUUAUUACAAUAAAAGCAACAACAAAAAAUAGUCUGUAAAUAAUUGAACAUUUUCUAAAAAGAAAUUAUUAAAAAACACAUUAAAGCAAUAUCUGCAUUAUAUCAAAGUUGUUUUGUAUCUGUCUUUUAAUAAUUAAGUCAAUUGAUGGCAGUUUGAAGAAGCUGUUGAGAGCAACUGACAUGUCCCAAACUUGGGUCAUUUGUGAUAAACACCCCAUCUGAGCAUAGCUCUGUGACAUGCUCAGUCUGAUCCUAGUAGAGAUUUCUGACAUGCACUGGUGCAAACACAAAGUGCUUAUGGAGCUUAGACUGACCCUAUUAAUAUAUGACAGGUGCACAGUCGGAUUAACCGGUAUAUGCGCUAACCUUACCCUGAACCCCAUUAAGACACAGACACAGGUUAUGCUGUUGGAAAUAUUAGUCCACAGCUUUAUUAAUUAUUAAUUAAUUAAACAAAUAAAUAACAAAUAGGGUCAUUGCCAACAAAUAUUAUUAAAGCCAACAUGCCCCCAUAUACAGUUGCAAGAAAAAGUAUGUGAACCCUUUGGAAUGAUAUGGAUUUCUGCACAAAUUAGUCAUAAAAAGUGAUCUGAUCAUCAUCUAAGUCACAACAAUAGACAAUCACAGUCUGCUUAAACUAAUAACACACAAAUAAUGAAAUGUUGCCAUGUUUUUAUUGAACACACCAUGUAAACAUUCACAGUGCAGGUGGAAAAAGUAUGUGAACCCUUGGAAUUAAUAACUGGUUGAACCUCCUUUGGCAGCAAUAACUUCAACCAAACGUUUCCUGUAGUUGCAGAUCAGACGUGCACAACGGUCAGGAGUAAUUCUUGACCAUUCCUCUUUACAGAACUGUUUCAGUUCAGCAAUAUUCUUGGGAUGUCUGGUGUGAAUUGCUUUCUUGAGGUCAUGCCACAGCAUCUCAAUCGGGUUGAGGUCAGGACUCUGACUGGGCCACUUCAGAAGGCGUAGUUUCUUCUGUUUUAGCCAUUCUGUUGUUGAUUUACUUCUAUGCUUUGGGUCAUUGUCCUGUUGCAACACCCAUCUUCUGUUGAGCUUCAGCUGGUAGACAGAUGGCCUUAAGUUCUCCUGCAAAUGUCUUGAUAAACUUGGGAAUUCAUUUUUCCUUCAAUGAUAGCAAUCCGUUCAGGCCCUGACGCAGCAAAGCAGCCCCAAACCAUAAUGCCCCCACCACCAUACUACACAGUUGGGAUGAGGUUUUGAUGUUGGUGUGCUGUGCCUUUUUUUCGCGACACAUAGUGUUGUGUGUUUCUUCCAAACAACUCAACUUUGGUUUCAUCUGUCCAGAGAAUAUUUUGCCAGUACUGCUGUGGAACAUCCAGGUGCUCUUGUGCAAACUGUAAACGUGCAGCAAUGUUUUGUUUGGACAGCAGUGGCUUCCUCUGUAGUUGUUUAGUGUUUUACGUAUUGUAGAUUCGCUAACAGGGAUGUUAGCAUUUGCCAGUGACUUUUGUAAGUCUUUAGCUGACACUCUAGGAUUCUUCUUCACCUCAUUGAGCAGUCUGCGCUGUGCCCUUGCAGUCAUCUUUACAGAAUGGCCACUCAUAGGGAGAGUAGCAGCAGUGCUGAACUUUCUCCAUUUACAGACAAUUUGUCUUACGGUGGACUGAUGAACAGCAAGGCUUUUGGAGAUACUUUUAUAACCCUUUCCAGCUUUAUGCAAGUCAACAAUUCUUAAUCGUAGGUGUUCUGAGAUCUCUUUUGUGUGAGGCAUCAUUCACAUCAGGCAAUGCUUCUUGUGAAAAGCAAACCCAGAAUUGGUGUGUGUUUCUUAUAGGGCAGGGCAGCUGUAACCAACACUUCCAAUCUCAUCUCAUUGAUUGGACUCCAGUUGGCUGACAUCUCACUUCAAUUAGCUCUUGGAGAUGUCAUUAGUCUAGGGGUUCACAUACUUUUUCCACCUGCACUGUGAAUGUUUACAUGGUGUGUUCAAUAAAAACAUGGCAACAUUUCAUUAUGUGUGUGUUAUUAGUUUAAGCAGACUGUGAUUGUCUAUUCUUGUGACUUAGAUGAUGAUCAGAUCACAUUUUAUGACCAAUUUGUGCAGAAAUCAAUAUAAUUCCAAAGGGUUCACAUACUUUUUCUUGCAACUGUACAUAACAUACCCCUGGCAAUAACCCCCAAUAAUAUCAAUCUAAUUAACAUAUUACAUAUAACAGAAACAGGCCAUCCAAUAUGACAACAUUUCCACAAGAUUAAAUUGUAGGGGUGUACCAAGACACCGCUACGCGCACAAGUUCAAUUGUAGGGGUGUACCUAUGCACCGCUACACCCCCAGGUUCGGAGCCAGCAAUGUAACACUGCCUAAUCCACACUAAACCUCCGGAUGCCCACUUCCUCCUUCAUCUACCCCCCGAUUUAACCUGGCCAUUCCCUGCCGCUGUGAAAAAAAUGGAAAAUGUUAUAACCUAACCAAAGUCAGGGAGGGUGGGAGGGACAACUGACAGGUAAGGUUUAGGUUUAGUUAAGAUGGCCACCUCACAAAAUGGCUGGUAGAAAUACUCCCAUACUGGCUCUGCCCCACCCAGCUUGCCAGCUGUCACUUAACUUCCCUUGGCUGUUAUGUCUACCUCCUGACUCUAUGAAUGCCCACUCCACUAGCUGUGCUGAUCCAUGGGCUACAUUACAGCUUCAAGCCCUUAUCUUGGCUUAAAACAGUGGCUUUAUUUUUACAUCAUUUGAUGAAAUGCCUUACCAAAAUUAAUAGACCUAAUUAUCAAAUAUUUGCUCACAAAGCUUGCAAAUAAAGCACAAACUAUUUAAUCCUUUUUUUUUUUCUUGACCAAAGCAUUUCAGUUGUCGUACUAAUUUUUAUUUAUUUUUUUUUUAUGGUAAAACACACAAAUGCAGAGGGGCAUUGUAUAAAGUUGGCUUUUUAUGAAUGGCAAAUAGAAAACAUAAAAAAAAAAAAAAAAAGAGCUGACAACGUAAUAAUCGUAUAUGUAAUCUUACUGCAGUUUCAAAAGGAGAAACUACUUUUGUAGAGGUUGUGACAUUACUGUACUUCGUAACAUAGGGUGUAUAGGUCAUAUCCACCAAAACCACUAAUGCAUUCUAUUGCUAAAAUUACACAAGGAAAAUUUUAUUAAAUUGAACUUGUGUUUGCAAUUUCAACUAAGCAAUGUAUAUACAUUUCCACAUCUACUCAAAGCGUACCUUGUCCUCCACACAUUUUGUGAAAGUAGAAUAAAUACCAUAUAGUUAAAAGUGAAUUGUCACUUCUCUGGAUUUUUACCUUAUACUUACUUAUCGCUAUAUUAAACAUAUAUGUGUUUGUGAAGUUAUGCAAAUAAAUUAAAUGUAGAAAGCCGUACCUCCUUAUCCUGCAACUGGGCACUUCCACCUUGUCCAGCCAUUCGGAUAAUCUCCUCUAAUUGAUUACCAUGUGCAUCUGAAAGAGGGAGAAUACAGGGAUGAGGAGCAAUUACAUAAUGUUUCAAUAUUGUUUGCAAGGUUUUGUCUUGUCUGAACUCGAUUAUAAUGUUAAAUGCUAAAUAUUUAAUAUAAAAAAAAUGGAGCAUCUGGUGAAAAAAAGGUUAUCGGUUAAAGUCAUUCGUUAUCAGAUAAUCAUUCAAUCGCAGAAUUUUCAGAGUAGAGGCAGAUCCACUUGUAUGUUGCAAUGUUACCUUAAUUAACCUUUGCUGCCGACUGAUUCGAAUUCUUGGUACAGCAUGCAUGUUAGGCAAACAUGAAUUUAUUAGUACACAGGCAAGUACUGCUCAGGUCUGCCAUCAAGUGAAUACUUGAGGUACUACUGCUCAUUACUUUCAAAGGAACACUCCAGUCACAGCAAAACUACAGCUUAAUGCAGUGGUUAUGGUAUAUAUAGCCUGUCCCCGCAGGCUUUUCAAUGUAAACACUGCCUUUUCAUUGCUGCCUUGUAACACCCGUUACGGCUGUCACUCACCAUGGCAUUUUGGCAUGCAUGCCAUUUGUGGUAAAACACACAAAUGCAGAGGGGCAUUGUAUAAAGUUGGCUUUUUAUGAAUGGCAAAUAGAAAACAUUAAAAAAAAAAAAAGAGCUGACAACGUAAUAAUCGUAUAUGUAAUCUUACUGCAGUUUCAAAAGGAGAAACUACUUUUGUAGAGGUUGUGACAUUACUGUACUUCGUAACAUAGGGUGUCUAGGUCAUAUCCACCAAAACCACUAAUGCAUUCUAUUGCUAAAAUUACACAAAUUUUUUUUAAUUAAAUUAAACUUGUGUUUGCAAUUUCAACUAAGCAAUGUAUAUACAUUUCCACAUCUACUCAAAGCGUACCUUGUCCUCCACACAUUUUGUGAAAGUAGAAUAAAUACCAUGUAGUUAAAAGUGAAUUGUCACUUCUCUGGAUUUUUACCUUAUACUUACUUAUCGCUAUAUUAAACAUAUAUGUGUUUGUGAAGUUAUGCAAAUAAAUUAAAUGUAGAAAGCCGUACCUCCUUAUCCUGAAACUGGGCACUUCCACCUUGUCCAGCCAUUCGGAUAAUCUCCUCUAAUUGAUUACCAUGUGCAUCUGAAAGAGGGAGAAUACAGGGAUUAGGAGCAAAUACAUAAUGUUUCAAUAUUGUUUGCAAGGUUUGCUGUAAUUUUGUCUUGUCUGAACUCGAUUAUAAUGUUAAAUGCUAAAUAUUUAAUAUAAAAAAACAUGGAGCAUCUGGUGAAAAAAAGGUUAUCGGUUAAAGUCAUUCGUUAUCAGAUAAUCAUUCAAUCGCAGAAUUUUCAGAGUAGAGGCAGUUCCACUUGUAUGUUGCAAUGUUACCUUAAUUAACCUUUGCUGCCGACUGAUUCGAAUUCUUGGUACAGCAUGCAUGUUAGGCAAACAUGAAUUUAUUAGUACACAGGCAAGUACUGCUCAGGUCUGCCAUCAAGUAAAUACUUGAGGUACUACUGCUCAUUACUGUCAAAGGAACACUCCAGUCACAGCACAACUACAGCUUAAUGCAGUGGUUAUGGAAUAUAUAGCCUGUCCCCGCAGGCUUUUCAAUGUAAACACUGCCUUUUCAUUGCUGCCUUGUAACACCCGUUACGGCUGUCACUCACCAUGGCAUUUUGGCGUGCAUGCACAAUAGCCUGCCAAUGCUUUCCUUGAUGAUAAAAAAAAACAGGGUCCGGAAGCCUAAGUAUUUAUUUCAGAACUAUAGUGUUAGGAAUACAUGUUUCUAUUCCUACCACUAUAACGUUCCUUUAUGGUUUUAUGGUUACCCCUUCAAUGCACAUUUUUUUAAUGAUAAUUUUAUUGUAAAUAAUGAUACAAUAUAUAGGUUAAUGAGCUUAUAAUUUCUUUCACAGCCCUCAAAUUAAAGACAUUCAGUAUGGAAGAGACGUUAAACAUGGUAGAGCAUCGGACUGAUUAUUACCACACCAGUGACCUAGUGGUGAGAAGAGGACAACCUUUCAUAGUGAACAUCACCUUUAACAGACCUUUGCAGAAAGGAGACAAGGUGGAAUUCAUUGCCGCCACAGGUACUGGGAUAAGACCCAAUUUAAAACAACAACAAAAAAACAGUUUAAGGGUCGUUAAUGUUUUUUUUUUUCUGUUCUACGUGGCUUCUCGCAUAGGCGGUGCCUGCAAGCAUAGAAGCUCAUUAUGUCCGUCCAUCGUUGUGUGCUAACGAUGGACAUUUAUGCACAGAACUGACAUUAGUCAAUCUGGAACAGAGUUUAAGGUGUCUUUCAAUCAAACAUCUAGGGAUUUCUUUUUACAUAGACAGAUAAAAGAACUCACAAACUAAUAACUAACUUUUUUAACUAAUUUUUUUCUUAUCUUACAAGGGGCUGGCUGCACUCACCUGAACAUGCUUAAAUUGGGUGCUGCUGGGGGCCAAUAAGUACCGUAAAAAUUUAAAUCCAGCGCACUCCCUUAUCUACUAAACAGCUACUUUGCUGCUGACAGAUUUGGCUAGUUUUAUUGAAAACACCUAAUCUAGGCAAAAAAUAAUGGGGGUUUAGUUACAUUAUAUGAUCAUACAUUGCAUAAGCCUGCCACAACAUCUAUGUACCCCAUCUGUUAGCACCAAAGUAGCUGUUUAGUAGAUAAGGGAGUGCGCUGGAUUUUCAUUUUUACUUUCUUAUCUUACAACACACAAGUAUAACAUUACGUUUUACCAUUUAUUUUCAAGAGAAAACAUCUGCUGUAGUGCUCAUCGUGCCAGGAGCAUUCUGGCGCCCACAAAGAGUCAUUUAUCAAAUUGUUUUAGAAUGGUUUGAAAACUUAUCUGGGUCUUCCUGAUCACGUGCCACAAGCAGGCUGUAUUCAUUGAGCUAAAUCAUGGCCAAUACAGGUCCCUGCAUGAACCUGUCAAACUCAGUUGAACUAACUGGAUUCACAUGCAAGAAGAAUCCAAAAGAAAGUAUUGCAGAUUGGGGUGCAUUGCAGGAUGCUGUUAAAUUGUCAAACCAUUCUUUAGCAGUCUGACAAAUUACAUUGGGAGGGCACCAAGGCACUCCUCACACCAUGACCACUAUCUCCUUUAAAAUCUUAGGUAAACCAUGGUUGUAACAUGACAUAUGACUCUGAGACAUCCAGCAUUACUUAUCUGGUAUAUCAAAACUGACCACCAUGUUACCAUUACCAUUUGUAAAAGUUGAAAAGAAUUUAAUGUACCAAUAAAUUACUAUAGCAAUAACAAAGUUGCAAUGAAUAUGUUGUUCUCCACUAUGCCACUAUAAGGCACACAACUAUGUGCAGUCCUCUGGACUCCACUAAUAACAAGUUGGAGGCUCAUACUAUAGGUUUGUAUCCCAUUCUUCACUUAAUUGACAGCAAAGUAAAGGAAAAUACAUUGCAUUAGAGAUGUUCAGUCUCAUGGGCCCCCUUAAUAUUUGCGUAAUAGGGCUCAGGCAAUGCCAGUCUCCUGGACCAUUUAUUUAACAAAGUCCAAUGGAGACACUCAAUCUCCUGAGCCCUUUAUUUAAUGAGGCUCAAGAGGAUCCAGGACAUUCCCAGUAUUCUUGAUAAUUUAUAUAAUAAUAUCCAAGAAGAUAAGAAGAUACGAGUAAUCAUCUUUUACCACAAAUUUAGCUUAUGGACAGUUAUUGCCCAUACCCUGACUGCUAAUGGUGCCCAGUCCUGAACCACCUCCUGAAAUAUAUCCUUAUCUACCUUCUUCGCAGUAAUAGUAAGGAAUGGAUACAUAUAUCUAUAAUAAAUAUUUAAAAAAAAAAAUCAAGUAUAAAUUUCUGCAAGGAAAAGAAAGAAGAAGAAAUGCAUUCUAACCCAUCAAAAUUAAUUUUUAUUUAUUUAUUGUUUUAAUUUGCAAAAAGCUCUGGAAAAACAAUGUAGAGCUCCAAAAAUCAUGAAUCUAAACCAGGGUUCGACAAAUCCCAGGCCGCCCGCCUACACGACCAACCAGUUUGCAGCCCGCCUCCAUGACCCCCCCAACAUGCUGCCCACCCGCCCAAUCCCCGUUGAAUCUAAGUUUAAAAAAAAAUCUGGCUCUUAACUUUUUUAGCUUGUUCCUAGAUUUAAAGCAAAGUUGUCAAGCCCUGAUCUAAACCUAUCAAAGGGCUACAUGCCGACUGUGUAUUCAAGAGAAUUUCAAAAAGUAAGUUUAAACAGUUUUUUUUUUUUUCUGUUAUUUUAACUUUAUUUAGCUUUUAUAAAGGCCCUCCCAUGCUCUGAAUAUCAAUAUGUCAGAAUGUAGGUAAGUCAAACUGUUUUAGUACAGAUUGACAACUUAUCUGGGGGAUAUUUUAGUACAGAUUGACAACUUAUCCAACAGGCUCUUCCUUCUUUGCUGCCCGCAAGCUCCCUGCACUAAGCCAAGUCCAAUGGUGGAGGAUUUAGAUCAUUGGCUGAGAGCACUUAGCUGAUGCGCCUGGCAAUGAGCUGGCCUUACAUGUCAGGGUUUAGGGCAGUAAAAAAUGGGAUCUGCAGAGACUUGACAAUUGCAAAUAUAUAAAAGAUAAAAUGAAGAUAUCAGUGGAUGUUAAAAUUAAGUACUGUGCCUUUAAGAAAUGGGAAAUUAAAAACUGGAGUUAUAAAAAUACAAAAUACAAAUCAGAAAUAGUAGAUAAAACUGGUAGAAAUUGGGGUGAAGGUAGCAAAAUGGUAAAAUAUGCACAUAAAGGAUGGGAAAAAUAAUAAUGUAAGAAUAAGAGAACUAUUGAAUCGGUUUGCAAAGAAUGAAUGUACAGUGUUAGUGUCUCUAUCCCUGAAGGGUGCAGGAUAAAUGACACUUUCACUGAAUAAUAUACUUUGUAUCAGCAAAGAUUAAAAUAUGUAAAGUAUAUGAAACUGUUUACUUAAAGCAAUAAAUGUAUCGCUAUAGACUGAAGUUAAUUGCAGAAACUGGUUCAAAUAUAAAAAGCAGUUUAUUAAACAAUAAAAAAUGAUAUAUAAAAGUACAUAAAAUACAGAUCAGGAACAGUUCAUGAUGGUAUUACCAGUCUUAUGAGAAUCAAAUGAUGGUAUGAACCCUCGGAUCAGCUUAGGAUGGAUGUGGAUUGAGUUGUGCAAACUCGCCUCCUGAAUGCAGCUUCCGGUGAAGGACGUACACACAGACGCACGCUGGCCUCACUGGCAGCUGCAUUCAGGAGGCGAGUAUUAAGGUAUUGUAAAUGGGGUAUGUCCAAUCUUUUUUAAAAGCCUCUUAGUCACGAACACUGGCCAAAAUUGGUGUUCAAAUUAGUUUUUUAAAUUUUUUACACACAAACAAAUAUGAACACUAACUUUGACCAAUUUUUGUGACUAAGUGGCUAAUAAAAAAGACUGGACAUAUCCCAUUUGUAAUACCUUGACUUGCCUACUUUUGCAAAUGGUAUGCCAUCAUGUGGGUAAUUUUUAAUCCUAGGCUACCAUACGGUCUCAAAGGCAACAUAACCAGCCUGGCAAAUUUCAAUGUACACUGAACAAAAUUAUAAAUGAAACACUUUUGUUUUUGCCCCCAUUUUUCAUGAGCUGAACUCAAAGAUCUAAGACUUUUUCUAUGUACACAAAAGGCCUAUUUCUCUAAAAUAUUGUUCACAAAUCUGUCUAAAUCUGUGUUAGUGAGCACUUCUCCUUUGCCGAGAUAAUACAUCCACGUCACAGGUGUGGCAUAUCAAGAUGCUGAUUAGACACAUGAUUAUUGCACAGAUGUGCCUUAGGCUGGCCACAAUAUAUAUGAUAUAUAAUAAGUGUAUGUGCACUUAAUAUGAAAGAGGUGAAUUACAGUUGAACAGACAUAUAGCUCAAAUUCCAGAUUUUGUUUACAUUUUGUUUUGAUCAGAACGUGUACAAUUACCUUCGUUCUUAUGGGGUUAAUAUUUCUGAGGCUUGCUGUGCAACAAAUUUCAAUACAAAUGAGAAUUAUUUUAAUAUAUACAUAAUGUAAAUACAUGUAUCAGAGGGAAAAUAAUGCCAUCUUGUGUGAGACACCUAUAAAUCAGACAAAGAACAGAGACUCUCCAAAAAUCAUGCACUUGCUCUGUCUUUUCCUUAAAGGACCACUAUAGGUAUCCAGACUGCUUCAGCUCAAUUAAGUAGUCUGGGUGCCAGGUCCUCCUAGUUUUAACCCUGUAGCUGAAAUCAUAGCAGUUUCAGAUAAACUGCUAUGUUUAGACUUCAGGGGGUAAUCCAACCUCUUGUGGCUGUCUCCCUGACCCGCUUCUGCGAUUUACACUGAGUAAAUCGCACUCUUUUGACGCUGGACGUCCUCAUGGAGUCCAGCGUCAAAAAAGAACCCCAUAGGAAAACAUUGAGUAAUGCUUUCCUAUGGGCGGGUUUGAAUGCACGUGCGCCUCUGGCUGCGAAUGUGCAUUCAGCUCCACUUGGGAGCUGACGUCGGCGGGGGAGGAAAGGUUUUUGCAAUGCCCGGUGCUGGAUUAAGGUAAGUGGCUGGGAUUUAACUCCUUCAGCAAUGAGGGAGGGAGGCCCCGAGGGAAAGGGGCACUCCAAGAACCUAUAAUGCCAAGAAAACAGGUUCUCUUUUCCUGGCACUAUAGGAUCCAUUUAAAUACACACACACAAACUCAAACACACCCUACCUGGAAGGAAGUUUAUCAUAGCUGUUAAGAACUGGUAAAACAAGAAGAAUGUAUUUUAAACAGAUAUCUAUAUGAUAAAAUCUAUUUGACACAUACAUGUCUCAAAUUCUGUCAGUAACAUAAAGAUUUGAAAAUGAAUGUCUCAGUUCAUGUGUACAUCAAUCAGUAUACCAUAAUAAUACUCUAUUUCUUACACAUACAAAUGUGUUCACUUUCGUUUCUGCUCACUCGUUCAAAACCACAUUGAUUGACCAUGUAACCAUUGACUUUUUAUCUCCACCCAGUGUCACUGCCUGUCUCCACUGCUGAUGAAGUAGAGCCGACAGCUCCUAACCCAUGCUAGCAAAUUGGCCGAAUGCAUCAGCUGAUCAAUCUCAGCCAAUGAGCAAAGCCCUACACUGCAGGAAUUAUGUCAGACAGAGAGCUUUAGGCAGAACCCAGAUAACGAUGUCAAACUGUUCUAAAAUAUUUUGACUACUUGCAAUAGGGGAUGCAUCAAAUAAUUCCACUCUUAGCACCAUAACCACUACAUUGAGCAUUGUGUUAGGGUGCUUGGAGUGUUAUAGAAUUUGCAUUAUUCACUUAACCAGAAUUGUGAUAUCCUUCCCUGCUUUUACUCAUACCAUCACUCAUUGUACAAAGUGUGUGAGAAGGACAGCAUAUAAUACUGUAAUUAUCAAAGCGUAUACACAGAGUAUGUGGAUAACAUUAUAAGGACUACAAAAUUAUUUUAUACAUAAAAUGUUUCCAUGAUAACUUGAAUCUUUUUCUACAUGGUUCUCGGGCCUCAUGAAUUUGAAUAACAAACAAAAACCUUGCAUAACGUACAUAGAAAUAUUUUCAUUCUAUCAGCCCUUCAACAUAUUUAAAUUAUUGCUAUACUUGAUAUCUAUAUUCUUUGUGUUUCGUUCAUAGGACCAGAUCCUCAGGAGUCUGACCACACCAAGGUUGUCUUUUCACUCUCAGAUUCUAGUGAAGUCUCCUGGACAGCUGUUCCAGAUUCCAGCUCUUCACAGGAUACAAGUGUGACAAUCACAAGCCCGUCCGAUGCUGUGAUUGGCCGUUACAAGUUAAACGUGCAUAUCUCUUCCAAAAAGAAAAGGACGUACUAUAAAUUAAAUAAUGUUGUACUGCUAUUUAAUCCAUGGGCUCCAGGUAAACCUGAGGAUAAUGUAAAAAAAAAACCUGCAGUAUCUUAAAUUUAAAUAUUUAAAAUUGGAUAUUGAUUAAAAAUAAGUAUUUUAGGAACAUAUUUCCCAUAAAGUAGCUGUUUGGCAAACUGCCCCCAAUAUAAAGACAUACAAUAUAACUGUCUCAUUAACUGCAUUGACACUGAUUCUGCGACAUUUUCCCAUGCUUAUUUUAGCUUUAAAAAAUUUGUUUAUACUCCUGAUAAAAGCCAGCUUCCCGUGACAUCAAUGUAAAUAGAAUCUAAUAAGGACCAGGGGUGAGGUCAACACAUUUCAUACACUUAACUUGCAACUCUUGUUCCUCUUUUUCAUAUCUUUUUCUCUCUUCUAAUUUUUCUAACCUCACUGUCCCUUCUAUAUUUUCCUUCCUCUCUCCCUCUUUUACCUACAACCUCCACUAGUAUCUUAGACCCAAGACCCUGCUUGGACAUGAGAUUUCAUACCAUAUUUUAUGGGAGUAUUAACUAAAUAGGUAAUAUUAUGGUCAACGUUUGACCCUUGAUACAGAGGAAGACCGUGCUGCUUAGCAUGUUUGUACCAUCCCUGGUUUUAUGCGAUAUGUCUUUAAGUAUAUAACUCGUUCUGCAGAUUUGUGCUACAAUGUAAUUACAGGACCCAUCAUUGUGACAUGCUAAAGGAACUAAACUGGCUGUCGCUGGAAUCCAGACGCACCCUUCAUCUUUCCAGCCUUGUUUUUAAGAGCUUUUCUGGUAAACUCACACCCUACCUGAACAAAAUGCUUUCCCCAGCUGUUCCCACUUUCUAUAACCUCCGAUCCAGUACAAGCACUUUACUUAGUCUACCUCAAUACAAAAAGAAAGCGCCCGAUCCUCCUUCUCCUACAGAGCACCGCAAUUGUGGAACGACCUCCCGCACAAUUUAAAAUCUUCCCUAAGCCUAAAGUCUUUUAAGAGAUCCCUCUCUACAUACCUCAAAACAGAAUGCACGUGUCAUGGUUGAUUAUAUAUUUCCUGCCUGUUCUAUGUUAAAUUUUGUAUAUAUUGUGUAUUAAUAUUGUUUUUGUAUUUUGUUGUACCUAAUGUAACAAUGCAAUGAUUUGUGGACCCAGGACAUACUUGAAAACGAGAGAAAUCUCAAUGUAUCUUUCCUGGUAAAAUAUUUUAUAAAUAAAUAAAUAAAUAAAUAAGUUAUAUUUUUUUUUAUUGGAUAAACAUUUAAAUAACGAUUGUGAAAAAAAUGUGUUAAUAAUUUAAAAUAACAUUCGACUAGAGAAGAAUAAGCAGAAGAUACUGAGGAUGUCACUCAACUGUGUAAGUGGUACAUGUUAUUUAUAGUCUGCUUGUCGUCAUUCAUAAAUGUAUUGCCAGUUGAAUAAGGGUUUUACAUGGAACCUUUUUACAUGGAACCUUUUUACAUGGAACAUAACUUUUGUUGCUCAUUUCUAGAUGACGAUGUCUUCAUGGAGGAUGAAAAUGAGAGGCAGGAGUAUGUGUUAAAUGACAGUGGCACCAUUUACUUUGGACUUGAAGAUUAUAUUAUGGAAGAGCCAUGGAACUUUGGACAAGUAAGACAAUUCAGUCCAAACUAUUAAAUAGGCAACGACUUUAACGUCAGAAGAUACAUUUGAUUUUCAGAUAAUGUACAUUUACAUUCAACAUGCUGACAUCAAUGUAGACCACCUAAAGGAGUAACUAUGUGCAACAACUCAUAUUCUUUGGUAACCACUAGGUCUUUAUUUAAACAAUUUAAACAUAACUGUUAUUCAAGUUAGUCAAGAGUAUUGUGGCAUCAACCAAUAGAAUGCCAGGUUCAGCAGACGUUUUUACAUUUCAUAACUUACAUAACAAUAAGAAGGACACUGUAGGCACUAUAACCAUUUCAUUCCCCCUGGCACUGUUCCUCCAUUUAGUGUUAAAUUAUCUCCAAACAGUUUAACACUGAACAAGGUACCCUGGCUUCUCAUAGGUAUGCUUUCAUUACAGGUUUCCUAAGAAAGAGGUUACCCACUUUUUAUAGCCAUAUGGAUUCAUUUCUGCACCAUACUUAUUCAUAUAUGGAGACUGUGAUAGACUGGAUGUGGUCAGCUGACACUUUCAGACAAUUAUAGUCUCCCACCGCUGUUCAAUCUAAUGCUUCCUCAUUAGCAAGCAGCACAGAGGGACAUGGGCUGUUGGGGACUGAAAGUAAAUCUGUCAAUUUUGGAGGUCUUUGCAUUUUUUUCAGAUCUCUGAAACAGACAGAUCUAGUGUGGGACCGGGCAAGAGUAGUGAGUUUUACUUACCUCCGGCUGUCCCUCAAAGCCACCAUGUGCGAGAGUACAACACUGAGGUCUAUACUAUGGAGGCUUAUAUCUUUAUGAAAUACUGAAAAGGGAUAGAUCCGCCAUAAGAACAGUUCAGUGCUGCAAUGGAAGAACUGCGCCAGGAAACUUCAGGCACUAUAAGCACUUUUUAUUACCCAAAAGGAAUGUGGAGACAAGUGAGACUCCAAUUGCAAUAAUGUCUUUAUUAGCCCAACAUAAAAACACAAAUAAUAACACUCACCAAAUAAACUCUAUCAAUAUCAUAUAAGUAAAAGGUACAGCGGGUCCGCUGCAUCCAGUUUUCGAAUGAAGGAUCAGAGGCAUUUUGUUAUGAUUUUGUUAUGAUUUCAUGAUUUUGUGGAUCGAUGUUUAGUUACUGUAUGUGGGCAUUAUGUCCUCAUACACACAUAAUGUCUACAUUCUGAUGAUAUUUUGGAAAUCUACAUUCCCAAAAAUAUGAGACAUUAUUAUUUCUUGAAUAGUAUUGUAUGGAAAUAGAGAUAUAUGGAAUUCAAGUUGGAGCUUCCAAACUAAUUUGUUUUACAUCGUAUCAUGGCACAUUCCAACUUCACCAUGUAUCUGCAUGCACUUUGUAUAAAACAAUUAAUGCACAGUCUGCCAAACACUUUUACACAACAUCUGGAUUGCCAACUAAUAACCAAACCUUCUAUAACAUGUGUGAAGCUAAAAUCAGUCAAUACACCAGACAGUGUACCCAGAUCAACUCAGUUGAGUAUAGGGGUUCAAACCUGGAGCAAAAGCCAUACAAGGCAUUCAAUAAAGUGAGAAAACAAAAUGAAUUAAAAGAAAAUUAAAAAUUUAAAGCCAGACUAGCCGAACUGAAAGCGUAGCUGACAUAGAGAUAGUUUUAAAUUCGUCUAUUUUGACUUUAAAUUUAAAAUUCACUUUGAAUUCUCACCUUAAUGAAUAACCAUGCUAGAUGUAUCUUUUUUUAAAUGUCAUGCUAAUAACGAAAUUGGACAAUAAAAGAUCAUUACAUCCAGUACCAGAAAGAGCUGUUGGAGUUAGAAGAAAAUCCGACCAUUUGUGCUAGUGAAAGAACAAGGCAUGUUCUUAUAAAAGUGUAAUUUGGAGGUAGGUAUGAUCCAGGAGAAUGUUUUGUUAAUUGGAGUGCUAAACAGUGUCAUGUUUUAUUUUUACAGUUUGAGGAAGGAAUUCUGGACAUUUGUCUAAAGAUCUUAGAUAACACUGUACAUCACCAGCAAGAUCCAGUUCUAGACUACUCUAAGAGGAAUGACCCUAUCUACGUGAGCAGGGUGCUUACUGCAAUAGUGAGUACAACUUAGAAAUACAUUAAUACAUUUUAUUCUUCUGUUCGUAAAUAAUUUUAGCAGUGUAUCUUUUAUAUUCACAAAGUAAAUAUCAUAUAGAAUUUCAUUUGAUGUAUGCUAUGCGUUAACCUGGAACAAAACAUUUUACGGUUCUUUAAGUAGCAAGUGAGCAUGGAUAAAUAGCAAUGCUCUGGAUUUCUCAUGCCCACCGAUAUAUGCCAAUAACCUUGCUGUGGUCUCUAGGACUUUUUGAGAAGGUAUUGUUUAAAAAAAUCUUGGUGAUGCAUGUAUACAAUUUUGCUGUUUAGGAAAAUAAUCUGGGCUAAUAAUAUACACCCAUAUACAAUAAAAAAUGCAAUCAUAUCUUUUUUACAUUGGCACAGGAUUAUAAUGUUAAUGCAUGAUGUAGAUACCACAAUAACAAAACAUUGAAACCCCAGUAAUGGCUUUUAUCAGUUUUUAUUUCACGUCAAACAUACUCAAAUAAAAAUGUAAAACAUCUUCACUGUUAUGUUGGAAUAAUUAAGACAUUAAAGGACCACUAUAGUGCCAGGAAAAUAUACUCGUUUUGAGACAGCCGCUAGAGGCUUUCAGCUUAAUGAAGUGGUCUGGGUGCCUAGAGUGGUCCUUUAAAUGAACACAAUAUGGUCAGGAUCACAAACCUGUAUUAUUGACCCUAGAUUGUUAAAAACCACCAUUUAGAUGGCUUGCCCCCCACCCGGUCCCCUUAGAAGGGGUUAAAACGUAUCUUAUUUCCAGCGCUGCGCGUGUGCACCAGUGCUGGCCCCGCCCCCAAUCUGCUUCCUUGGUGACAUCAUCAGAAUUUUUAGCCAAUCCAAUGCUUUACCAUAAGGUAUGGAUACAGUUUGUUACUUUUGGAUACAUUUAUAAUGGUACACAUCAUUACGAUGUGGGAUCUGGUCGUGUAUCCUGUCCCGUAACACCACAUCUUUAAGAGUUAGGGGGUACUAAGGUGGACCGCUUAACCUCAUCUACCUUAAAGGACCACUAUAGUGCCAGGAAAACAUACUCGUUUUCCUGGCACUAUAGUGCCCUGAGGGUGCCCCCACCCUCAGGGACCCCCUCCCGCCCGGCUCUGGAAAGGGGAAAGGGGGUAAAACUUUUUCCAGCACUGGGCGGGGAGCUCUCCUUCUCCGAUCCUCCCAUUCGGCUGAAUGCGCACGCGCGGCAAGAGCUGCACGCGCAUUCAGCCAGUCCAAUAGGAAAGCAUUUACAAUGCUUUCCUAUGGACGCUUGCGUGCUCUCAAUGUGAUUUUCACAGUGAGAAUCACGCAAGCGCCUCUAGCGGCUGUCAAUGAGACAGCCACUAAAGGCUUUGGAGGAAGGAUUAACCCAUUUAUAAACAUAGCAGUUUCUCUGAAACUGCUAUGUUUAUAAAAAAUGGGUUAACCCUAACUGGACCAGGCACCCAGACCACUUCAUUAAGCUGAAGUGGUCUGGGUGCCUAGAGUGGUCCUUUAAUGGUCAACUCUCACUUACCAGGUAAAAAAAAAAAAAAAGUUUACUUGUAUCUAUAUUUAGAAAAUAUGUAUUUGUGAGUUGCAAAACAAUAAAAUGAAAUUUAGAAACCAUACCUAUUAUCCUGCACUCCGUAUGCAUUCCAAGCUGGAAUGCACAGAAAACCACACUGGAUAAUGCCGCGUCACUUCCUUGAUGACAAGUGCAUUCCAGGGUGGUUACAGGAAGCCACCAAUUGCACACACCAGGAAGUAAUUUAUUAUCAGACUGUAUAUAAAAACGGAACUUGUGAGGACUUCACUACACUCUUGAAGAAGCCUUGGACAGGCAAAACGCGUUAGUGGAACCCUCUGAAGCUACCUACCACUGUUUUUAGUACUUUUUUGUUCAAUAAAUAGUAAAUUUUAUUACAUAUUUUACUUAUUUACCUUUUUGUGUCAUUUUACCACACUCCCUCUAGCAUGUAAGCUCAUUGAGCAGGGCCCUCAACCCCUCUGUUCCUGUGUGUCCAACUUGUCUGGUUACAACUACAUGUCUGUUCGUCCACCCAUUGUAAAGUGCUGCGGAAUUUGACGGCGCUCUAUAAAUAUCAUAAUAAUAAUAAUAAUAAUUAUUAUUUAUUUUUAUUUCCUGGCACCAUCAUAUCCUUAGGUGGGGAUUAUACCACCCAUGCUGUAUACACUAGAGCAAGUUCUGCUCUAGUAAAUGUAGGUACAUUAAUUGAUUUUUCUUUUACACCCAACAGUACUUACUUCACCAUAGGAGUAUUUUUCUGUAUUUUUCCAUAUUUGUCCUGCACACUGCAUCCUAUUUGAGACGACCAAAAUAAUUGUAUACAUAUAUAUUUAUAUACUAUUUGGGUCUCCUACCAUCUCUCUGUUUCACAUUCCUUUACUCACAAGGUUUGGGAAUCCUUGUACUGGUUACUGCAGCCCACAGCUAUCCUAUAUUUUUAUAGUGAGCGCCUCUUAGUUUCGUUUACAGAUGUUGGACAAUGAUUGCUGGAUUUCUCAUAAUUCCAGGAAGUGCCCACAAGCCAACUUUUGAACAUUUUGUUGGAUUUAUUUGGGGCCAUGUCAUAACCAGCCUAAAACCUGAUUGCUUAGCUUCAUAGAAUUGUCCUACUGGCUAGCAUGCCUUUCUAUCCAUGAUGACAGACUGGUGGCAGCCCAUGGUGCCUGUGUAUGGUGGUGGAAGAGGAGGAGGCAACUGUACAUAAUUGUUGCAGACAGAUUGCAUUUACACAAUACUAUGAGGGCUUGCCAACUAUUGAAGCAGGAGCAAAAGAAGACAGGGCUUCUCACACAACAUUUAUGAUGGGAUGUCAGCACAUGGUGGAACUCCACUUUAGACAUGCUGGGAAAAAAAUUUGGAACAGCAAAGUGCGCUCCAUUGGAGUUGACUCCCCACUGGGGGAGUAGGGGGUGAGGACUCAACAAUAGGGCAAGCUAGUGUCAGUUCUUAUUUUGUUUAAGGAUGUGACAGAAACUUUGAGCUACAGUAUUGCUAGUUUGGGACUUGUCAUCCCCUUGUAAACCCACCUCAUUAAAAAAUAUAAAUACAUUAAAUUACUCCCGCUGUGGCUGCUACUCCCCCCUUUACAACUUUUCAAAUGAUGUAUUUCAUUGUAGUGGUUUCACUCUGCCUGGCUUGCCACAUCUGCUACCUCCACAAAUGUAGUGUGGCUUCAAAUUCAAAUAUUUUUUUCUAAAUUUCUAAAAGUAUGCUUGCUUUGGCCUUGUAGUAAUGUUUUCAAAUACACUUUAGGUAAUUCAGGAUUGGCAUUGCAUGCUUGGCUGAUUAUGCAUAGCUAUUAGUCCAUGCAAUAUUGUUAUCAUUUUUGCAUGUUUUCUUUCUCAAUUAAUUUUUUUUGGUAAUGAAAUUCUGCUGAGGUUAACCGUGGCAUAGACUGACUUCUGCCAUUUUUUUGGACAAAAGCAUUCGGAAGAAUCUAAUUUCUCCACAAUGCACAAGCUUAGUUUUAAGGCCAUAAAUAACAAGACAUGUUUUCUGCAUUUUUAUUUUUAAAAAGGUUAAUAGUCUGGAUGAAGAUGGACUGUUAGAAGGAAGAUGGACUGGUACAUAUAGGGAUGGGACAGAUCCCCAAGAGUGGAUUGGGAGUGUGGAAAUCCUUCAAAAGUGGCAGAAAUCAGGUUAUAAGACUGUUAAAUAUGGACAGUGCUGGGUCUUUGCUGGAGUCCUGUGUACAGGUGACUAUUACUUUAGAAUUUGUUUACUAACCGUAAAAUAUAAAUUUCCAAUGUGUGAUUGGAUGUUUGGUGGUUAUUUAUUUUUUACCUUUGGCGAAGGUUUGUCAAACGAAAAACUGGUGCUGCUACAUUGGGGCUAAAUAAGAGUGAAAACAAAUGGAAUUUCUCUCAGUAGUUAGCUAUUUGCACUCAAAAGAGAACCUGUGUUUUCCUUGAUAAACAUUCCUUUUUAAAUUUGAAAUGGGGGCUGUGCCUUACAUUCUUAAAAUUUAAGAAAAUCAUUACAUUUGACCAAACAAUAGACUUCUACAUUUGUUUUUGGACUAAAGCCAAUUUGUUUGAAUUCUGGGCAAUUUGUUUAUUUGUCAGAAACAUAAAGGAACAAACUGUGUCACUGGCAAAAUAGGUUAGGAAUUACUUGCUUGCCAAAUGAAAACCGUCCAUGCAAUUCGUUAUUUUUUUUAGAAUGAUUAGUCAGCUAAAGGAACACUAUAAGGUCAGGAACACAAACAUGUAUUCCUGACCCUAUAGUGUUAAAAUCACCAUCUAGUCCACCUGUCCCCCCUAAAUAUAAUAGCAUCUUACUUUUAUUCCAGUCGGCUGGUGCUGGUGCCCUUGAUCUGCCUGCUUGGCUGAUAUCAUCAGAAGUGUUGAUCUGAGCCAUUCACAAUGCUUUCCCACAGAAUUGGCUGUGUUUGUCAAGGAGGCAGAUCAGUGACAGUGCUAGCACAAGCCAAACACCAAGCCAAACACAGUGAUGUAUUGAAUCAAUGCAUCACUAUGAGGAAAGUUCAGUAUCUCCAUGCAGAGGGUGGAAACCCUGAAUAGUAGUCACACUGUGCAGCACUGCCACAGGAAGCACCUCUAGCAGCCAUCUGAGGAGUGGCUAGUGGAGGUAUCCCUAGCUGUAAUCUAAACAAUGUUUUUUCUGUGAAAACUGUGUUUACUGCAAAAAGCCUGAAGGGAAUGAUUAUACUCACCAAAGCAACAGUAAGCGGUAGUUGUUCAGGUGACUAUAGUGUCCCUUUAGGUGGGACUGGUUCACAAUUAAAUAUAUAAACUCACCAAUAGAUGGGAAAAUGCAGGAACAUUUUUUAUAUUUUUUUUAAAUACAUUAGUGCAAAAAUAUGUGAAAAACAUUUUAUGUUUUAUAUUAUAGUUUUUCGGGCAUUGGGAAUUCCAACCAGGGUGAUAACAAACUUCUGUUCAGCUCACGAUAAGGAGAAAAAUCUGAGCAUUGACACCAUUUACAGCAGUACAGGGAGAAAUAAGAGUAAAGAUACAAUGUGGUACGUAAAAUAUUCUUUUUAAUUCCAACCAUCAUGAAAACAAAUGCAUAUUUUGUAACACUGUGUCAGGGUACCUUUGGUGUCUACCUCGGAGGAGGUUAGACACCUAGACGUCCAUCCUCCCAGGGGGGCUGACUCACCCGAUCCUUGCACUCCUCCCGGUCGUUUACACGCCGGCCGCGAUAGCUCCGCCUCCUUUUAUGACGCGGCGCUCAGUAGCCGACGUCAUGACGGCAAUCACGUUCCGACCCGUCAAUCACGGCAACCAAGUGCCGAACAACCAAUCAGGACCCGUUGGGGGCGGAGCCAACAGUUAAAGAGCCAAGGUAUAAAAAAGGGUUCUGUGGAAUGAUUCAUUGCCCUGUCGUGGUUCUAGCUAGUCUGGUCACUCAGUGCAAUUACCUCUAUUGUCUUUUGGUUCCUGACUCGGCUUGUAUUUUGACCCUGCUUUCCUCUCUUGUCCUUUUGACUCGGCUUGUCUCUCGCUUACCUGAUCUCUCGUUCCCUCGACCUCGGCUUGUCUCUGACUAUUCUUUUUGCUUUCUCCUUACGUUAGUCCGGCCAUUCUAAGGUCCGGUAUACGUACCUAUCCCCUGUUUGUAUUCUGCGUGUUGGAUCCCUGUCACGAUCCUGACAUUACGACAGGGCCCAUGGAUCCUGCAGGUACAAACUCUCAGGUCGGUUCUCCUGACUCUAGAUUUGAGGCCAUGGAUCAUAGAAUGGACCAGAUGGCUCUAGCUCUGCAAGCAUUGCUAUCUCGUCCUAGUAGUCACUCAGAGGAGAUGCGUACCCCAUCUAUCUCUCCUAUAAGUACAGGCCUAGAGGUAGCCACAGUGGCUACUUCUUCCCGUGUUACGUCCCCGUCACGCUAUGGCGGCGCUCCUGACACUUGUCGAGGUUUUUUAAACCAGAUAGGUAUUCAUUUUGAAUUACAACCCCACGCCUACCCUACUGACAGGGCAAAGGUUGGAUUCAUAAUUACCUUGCUCAUUGACAAGGCACUUAGAUGGGCUAACCCCCUGUGGGAAAAUGAUAACCCGUUAGUUUAUAAUUAUAAUGCUUUUGUCGCUGCAUUUAGGAGAGCUUUUGACCCUCCAGGAAGAAAGGCCAAUGCAGCUAGACUACUGUUACGUCUUAGACAGUAUAACCGAACCCUAGUGGAUUAUGCCUUGGAGUUCAGAUCCUUGGCGGCAGAGGUCAAGUGGAAUGAACAGGCUUAUAUGGAUGUAUUUAUGAACGGGUUAUCUGAUGAGAUUUUAGAUGAGGUGGCCACAAGAGAUCUUCCUGAAAAUUUGGAGGAUCUGAUUUCAUUUAUUUCCCGAAUAGAUGAACGUAUGAGACAGAGGCAGAAUAUUCGGGAUAGAACCCGCAGAUCCUCCAUAAGACUAGCUCCCUCAUUUCAGACUUCUGAUUCUACUACUUUAGCUCUCCCAGAACCUAUGCAAAUAGGUAAUACUCGACUCUCAGAGGAGGAAAGACAGUACAGGAGAAGGGAGGGUCUUUGUAUGUAUUGCGGAAUUAGAGGUCACCUACGCCUAAAUUGCCCUAACCGGCCGGGAAACGCUCGCACCUAAGUUUCUCAAGAGGACAGGCCUUGGGUGUUUCUAUCUUGUCCUCUAUUUAUGAUUAUAAAGAUCAUAGGCUUCUGAUACCUGUUUCUUUAGCUUGGGAAAAGGGAGUACUUAAUGCUAUGGCUUUGAUAGAUUCCGGAGCAGCUGAAAGCUUUAUUGACCAAGCCUUUGUCACUAACCAUUCUAUCCCAUCUCAGCUAAGGGAUACACCCUUGGCCGUUGAGGCCAUAGAUGGUAGACCAUUAUCUGAACCUGUGAUUUUUCGUGAAACCAUACCAAUUAAGUUAACCACUGGUAUCCUUCACGAGGAAAGAAUAUCCCUCAUGCUGAUCUCAUCUCCUUCAGUUCCUAUAGUCUUGGGGUAUCCCUGGCUUAAGAAGCAUAACCCUAUCAUUGACUGGGAACUGGGUGAGAUAGUCUCCUGGGGUCAGGGUUGCCAGAAAGGAUGUGUGCAGAAAGUCUCACCAAUUUGCAGGGUUGACGCCCCGGUUAACUCUUCCCAACCUACAGAUUUACAGAUACCAUCACAGUACCAGGAUUUAAAGGCAGUCUUUGACAAAAAGAGGGCUGAUACUUUACCUCCACAUAGGUCUUUCGACUGUAAAAUUAGACUCCUACCUGGUACUAUGCCUCCGAGGGGUACGGUAUAUCCUUUAUCCACUAAGGAAAACUUAGUCCUAGAGGAGUACAUACGUGAAAACCUAGACAAAGGUUUUAUUAGGAGAUCAUCUUCUCCGGCCGGGGCCGGUUUCUUUUUUGUAGAUAAAAAAGACGGCACUCUACGGCCUUGCAUUGAUUAUCGGGGCUUGAAUAAGAUAACUGUUAGAAAUGCUUAUCCUAUUCCUUUAAUUACUGAGCUCUUUGAUCGACUGAAAGGCUCCAAGAUUUUUACCAAGUUAGAUUUGAGGGGAGCUUAUAACUUGGUGAGAAUUCAGCAGGGAGACGAAUGGAAAACAGCUUUCAAUACCCGUUAUGGCCACUAUGAAUACACGGUAAUGCCCUUCGGGCUUUGCAAUGCACCUGCAGUAUUCCAGGACCUUAUUAAUGAGGUUCUUAGGGAAUUUCAGCAUGAAUGCGUUAUAGUAUAUUUGGAUGAUAUACUAAUACACUCUAGAGAGAUUGAGACUCACCACAGACAAGUCAGAAGGGUACUGCGCAAACUGUUACAACAUGGAUUGUACUGCAAAUUGGAAAAGUGUAGCUUCGACCAAUCUCAGAUAAACUUUCUUGGCUACGUUAUUUCUGGAGACGGAUUUAGGAUGGACCCCAUUAAACUCCAAUCGAUUUUAGAUUGGCCAUUGCCCAGGGGACUCAAGGCCAUUCAGAGAUUUAUCGGAUUUUCCAAUUAUUAUAGGCGCUUCAUUAAAGGUUACUCUUCUAUUAUUGCUCCUAUUACUAAUAUGACUAGACAGGGGCUGAUACCAAGACUUGGUCCACAGAGGCUCUCUCUGCUUUCAAAACUCUCAAGGAACAUUUUGCCUCAGCACCGAUAUUAGUUCAUCCUGACACAUCUUUGCCUUUUUUACUCGAGGUUGACGCCUCGGAGACAGGUAUAGGCGCUAUCUUGUCCCAAAGGCUAGGUUUGGAUAAACCGUUACAUCCUUGUGGUUUUUUUUUCAAGAAAUUAUCUGGGCCUGAAAGUAGAUAUGACAUUGGUGAUAGGGAACUGUUAGCGGUCAUUAUGGCUUUAAAGGAAUGGAGACAUUUGUUGGAGGGGACAUUAUACCCAGUUACUAUUUUGACUGAUCACAAGAAUUUGUCCUACAUAGGGGAGGCCAAGCGCUUGUCCGCCAGGCAAGCUCGUUGGUCCUUGUUUCUGACACAUUUCAAUUACGUGCUCACUUAUAGACCUGGUUCUAAGAACUCUAAGGCAGAUGCAUUGUCCGGUCAACAUGAACCUUCUACGGUGUCUGAAGCAGCUUUGUCUUCUAUCGUUCCCAAGUGUAAUAUUAUUGCCAACACAUGUGUCAGGAUACACUCGCCGUUGCUUGCUGAGAUCAAGAAAGUACAACAUCUAGCUCCCAAACCUGUUCCUGGGGAUCGAUACUUCGUUCCUCCUGAGCUCCAAGUGGAACUGCUGCAUUGCUUUCAUGACAGUAAAAUUGCUGGGCACCCCGGCAUACGCAAAACGUGUUCCCUGAUUUCUAAAGAUUUCUGGUGGCCUUCCCUUCGUAAGGAUAUAAGGGAUUUCGUCAGGGCAUGUGCUGUCUGUAUGAAGACUAAGCAACCUCUCGCGCUCCCUUGUGGACUUUUGCAUCCCUUAGAAAUUCCCGAGAGACCAUGGUCGUGUUUGGCUAUGGAUUUCAUUGUCGAUUUGCCUGUUUCUAAAAGACAUACUGUUAUUCUCACGGUGAUUGACAGGUUUACUAAAAUGGCUCAUUUCGUGCCCUUGCCUAAACUGCCCUCGUCUCCCGAAUUAGCUGAGAUAUUCGCGAGGGAGAUUUUUCGUUUACAUGGUAUUCCCUCUGAAAUUGUUUCUGAUAGAGGUUCCCAAUUUGUUUCCCGCUUUUGGAAGUCUUUCUGUUCUCACUUAGGCAUCAAGUUGAAUUUCUCCUCUGCCUAUCAUCCCCAGUCCAACGGAGCUGCCGAACGCACCAACCAAAAGAUUGAACAAUAUUUGCGUUGUUUUGUUUCUGAACACCAGGACGAUUGGGUUGGUCUGAUUCCUUGGGCAGAGUUUGCACACAACAAUCUCGUUUGUGAUUCUACUCGUUCUAGCCCCUUUUUCUUGAAUUAUGGCUUUCAUCCUUCCAUUCUUCCGUCGGUUUCCCCUUCCCAGGGGGUUCCGUCGGUUGAUGUUCAUGUCGCCAAUCUGAGAAAGUUGUGGGAUCAGACUCGACGAAUUCUUCUUCAGAAUUCCAUGGUGUUCAAACGACACGCUGACAAACGGAGACGGGUGGCUCCGGUUUUUGCCCCGGGUGAUAGGGUAUGGUUGAGUACCAGAAACAUCCGCUUGAAGGUUCCUUCCAUGAAAUUUGCCCCUCGUUACAUAGGCCCUUACAAGGUUCUGUGUCGGAUUAACCCGGUUGCAUAUCGUCUUGCCCUUCCGCCUGCCCUGCGCAUCCCUAACUCUUUUCAUGUUUCUUUAUUGAAGCCUUUGGUUUGCAACAGAUUUUCCUCCCCUGAGUUCUCCCCUCUCGCUGUCCAGGUUGAGGGUCAGGAGGAAUAUGAAAUCAAAUCCAUUCUCGAUUCUCGUAUUUCUCGGGGGAAGUUGCAAUAUCUUGUUGACUGGAAGGGGUAUGGGCCUGAAGAAAGGUCUUGGGUGGUCCAUGAAAAUGUGCAUGCCCCUCGUCUCCUUCGGGCAUUUCAUGCUCGUUUUCCGUCCCGCCCCGGUUCCUUCCGCCCGGUGGGCGUUUCUGAGAGGGGGGGUACUGUCAGGGUACCUUUGGUGUCUACCUCGGAGGAGGUUAGACACCUAGGCGUCCAUCCUCCCAGGGGGGCUGACUCACCCGAUCCUUGCACUCCUCCCGGUCGUUUACACGCCGGCCGCGAUAGCUCCGCCUCCUUUUAUGACGCGGCGCUCAGUAGCCGACGUCAUGACGGCAAUCACGUUCCGACCCGUCAAUCACGGCAACCAAGUGCCGAACAACGAAUCAGGACUCGUUGGGGGCGGAGCCAACAGUUAAAGAGCCAAGGUAUAAAAAAGGGUUCUGUGGAAUGAUUCAUUGCCCUGUCGUGGUUCUAGCUAGUCUGGUCACUCAGUGCAAUUACCUCUAUUGUCUUUUGGUUCCUGACUCGGCUUGUAUUUUGACCCUGCUUUCCUCUCUUGUCCUUUUGACUCGGCUUGUCUCUCGCUUACCUGAUCUCUCGUUCCCUCGACCUCGGCUUGUCUCUGACUAUUCUUUUGCUUUCUCCUUACGUUAGUCCGGCCAUUCUAAGGUCCGGUAUACGUACCUAUCCCCUGUUUGUAUUCUGCGUGUUGGAUCCCUGUCACGAUCCUGACACACUGCAUGUAUAUAUUUUAUAUAUAUGAUCUACAAAGUCAUCUUUUUUAAGUCUGUUUCUCUUUAAAAAUAUGACACACAGGUUAAAAUUGCAACUAAAGGUUAAUUUCCCACACCUGUGGCUUUUUAAAUUGCAAUUAGUGUCUGCAUAUAAAUAUUCAAUGAGUUUGUUAGCUCUCACUGAUGUUUUGGGGGGUGAAUAUUGAUUGCAAGAUAAAUACAGCAUGUUAUCAUAAAAUACUGGCAGACAAUUUGCAUUCUUCUGCAGAAAGGUUGUGUUUGGGACACUCUUGGACUUUCCAACAUGACAAUGACCCUAGGCACAAGGCCAAAUUGACCCUCCAGUGCUUACAGCAGAAAAAGGUGAAGGUUCUGGAGUGGCCAUCACAGUCUCCUGACCUUAAAGGACCACUAUAGUGCCAGGAAAACAUACUCGUUUUCCUGGCACUAUAGUGCCCUGAGGGUGCCCCCACCCACUAGAGGCUGGAUUAACCCAUUUAUAAACAUAGCAGUUUCUCUGCUAUGUUUAUAGAAAAAAGGGUUAAACCUAGCUGGACCUGGCACCCAGACCACUUCAUUAAGCUGAAGUGGUCUGGGUGCCUAUAGUGGUCCUUUAAUAUCAUCGAGCCACUCUGGGGAGAUCUCAAACGUGCGGUUCAUGCAAGACGACUGCCCAGACACUGGCGUACAGGGCCGUACUGUACGCCCAGGGCCAGCCUCUUCCCCUGGGGGGCCCAGGAGCCGACCACCCCAGGGCCCCCCUGAGGCUGGCCCUGCUGACCCCGGGUGGCCGGCCGGGCAGGCAGGCGGGCGCGCGAGGGAGCACUCCGUGCUUCCUCUUCAGCUCCCUCGCGCACCGCAAUGAUACCGGAGCCGGAAGAUGACGUCAUCUUCCGGCGCCGGCAUCCCUACGCGGCGCGCGAGGGAGCUGAAGAGGAAGCACUGAGUGCUCCCUCGCGCGCCUGCCUGCCCGACCGGCCACCCGCCCAGGAGCCCCACUGGACCCCAGGGAAUAAUCCCCCCCAGCACUCCAAGAGGUAAGGAGGCUGGGGGAUUAUAUUAAAAAAAAAAAAAAAAAAUCAUGUGUGAGUGUUAGUGUGUGUGUUAGUGUGUGUGUCAGUGUGUGUGUGUCUGCUAGUGAGUGUUAGUGUUUACUGUGUGUGUCUUACUGAGUGUGUGUUAGUGAGUCUGUUUGAUGUCUGUUAGUGAGUGUGUGUUUGUCAAUGAGAGUGUAUGUUUUGUAAGUGAGUGUGUAUGUCUGUCGCUGACUGUAUCUCUGUCAGUAAAUGUGUGUGUCUGUUAGCUAGUGUGUAUGCGUCUGUAAGUGAGAGUGUGUGUGUCUUCAGCACUUACCUUUCUCCAGCGCCGGACUCCCUUGGCGCUGAGGAUCCCUCAACCUCUCAGCUCCGAAUGCGACCGCGCACGCAUUCAAACCGCCCAUAGGAAAGCAUUACUCAAUGCUUUCCUAUGGACGUUCAGUGUGCUCCUCUAGCGGCUGUCAGUGAGACAGCCACUAGAGGCUGGAUUAACCCUCAGUGAAACAUAGCAGUUUCUCUGAAACUGCUAUGUUUUCAGCUGCAGGGUUAAAACUAGAGGGACCUGACACCCAGACAACUUCAUUGAGCUGAUGUGAUCUGGGUGUCUGUAGUGGUCCUUUAAAGGACCACUAUAGUGCCAGGAAAACAUACUCGUUUUCCUGGCACUAUAGUGCCCUGAGGGUGCCCCCACCCUCAGGGGCCCCCUCCCACCCAGCUCUGGAAAGGGGGAAAGGGGUAAAACUUACCUUUUUCCAGCGCUGGGCGGAGAGCUCUCCUCCUCCGAUCCUCCUCUUCUCCUCCCCGUCGGCUGUAUGCGCACGCGCGGCAAGAGCUGCGCGCGCAUUCAGCCGGUCACAUAGGAAAGCAUUCAUAAUGCUUUCCUAUGGACGCUGGCGUGCUCUCACUGUGAAAAUCACAGUAAGAAGCACGCAAGCGCCUCUAGCGGCUGUCAAUGAGACAGCCAGCUAGAGGAAAUAGGGGAAGGCUUAACCCAUUCAUAAACAUAGCAGUUUCUCUGAAACUGCUAUGUUUAUGAAAAAAUGGGUUAACCCUAGCUGGACCUGGCACCCAGACCACUUCAUUAAGCUGAAGUGGUCUGGGUGCCUAGAGUGGUCCUUUAAGUGUGUGUGCACCUGCAUGCACUGGCGUACAUACCGCGGUCGCAGGGGUCGCAGCCCUGUGACCAGGUGCCCACCGCCAUGUGUUGCGGCCAGGCCCGCGCGGGGGGGGGUGGGGGGGCCCACGGAUCAAUUUUCGCACCGGGGCCCCAUGGGUCAUGUGUACGCCACUGUGCCCAGACAGUGUCUGGGUACUGGUCACCAGACUACCCACCUCACUGUGAAACUACAAAUGGAUCGUUAAAUCUGGUAUGAACCCGAACUUUGCAGUUCUGGUUCGCUCAACUCUAUUAUGGAUCCUUUGAUCGCUACAUGUAUUACUUGGAUAACUGGUAAUUCUCAAGCUAAUACAUGCCGACUAGCGCUAGGGGACGACCGCUCCGCUUUUGCACCCUGCUCCCUCUUAUGCCUCUGUGCAACCAGCGCUUCUUCCUCCAAACUGCACACGUCACUCACAUGACCUUGAUUCCAUGUAGGGUCUAGGACUUCAUCAUCCUCCACAUUUUCUUCCACCCACUCCUCAACCCUGCCCUCCUUGCCGGUGUGCACACUGCAGAAAGCCACAGCAGUUGGCACCUGUGUUUUCUAGCAUGUAAAGUCUGCAAAGGACAUAUGGAAAUUGUUUUAGAAUUUUAUCCAGGCAACAGUUUUCCCUAUAAACUGACCUCUCAGUUUGACUUGUGAGGGUAUUGCCCCAGAAUUACAAUAUUGUUUAAGUACCUAUUAGCUAUUGAUAAUUGUUUUAAAUAUAGCAGCUUGUUAUCUGGUAGUUUCUAGUGUAGAAAAUAUCAAUCACUUAGAUCUGUUCAACAAGUGUUGUAGGUGUGAAACAAUAUUACAAGUGACCGAUGUAAAUUCGAAUCUAAGUUCCAUUUGCAAAAAAAAUUCUUGCCCAUCUUCUGUGGGUUAUUGCAGAAAAUAAGAAUGUUUACCACUGUGCUGUAAGCACACUAUUAGACACUUCGAUUUGACUCUUAGAUAUGAAGUGCACACCCCAAAUAUACUAUUUAGCACGAAAAAAAUUAUUUAAAAAAAAAAAAUGGAAUCUUUAAAACUCCAAUGUAAGCAGCAGAUUAGCAGGAAAACAAUUAGAAUGUUUACAACUGCGCAGUAAGCGCACUAUUGGAUGUUUUUAUUUGACUCUCACAUAUGAAGUGCACCGCAGGCAGCAAAUGUACGAUUUAGCAGAUUAGCACUAAGAAAAUAAGAAUGUUUACCACUGUGCUGUAAGCACACUAUUAGACACUUCGAUUUGACUCUUAGAUAUGAAGUGCAGUCCGCAAAUGUACUAUUUAGCAGAUUAGCACCCAGAAAAUAAGAAUGUUUACCAUUGCGUUGUAAGCACACUAUUAGACGCUUCAAUUUGACUCCGAUAUGAAGUGCAGUACGCAAAUGUACUAUUUAGCAGAUUAGCACCCAGAAAAUAAGAAUGUUUACCACUGCGCUGUAAGCACACUAUUAGACACUUCGAUUUUACUCUCAGAUAUGAAGUGCACCGCAGGCUGCAAAUGUACUAUUUAACAUUUUAGCAGCAAAACAAUUAGAAUUUUUACAACUGCGCUGUAAGCACACUAUUAGACGCUUCUAUUUGACUCUCAGAUAUGAAGUGCACGCUCCAAAAUGUACUAUUUAGCAGAUUAGCACCCAGAAAAUUUUAAUUUUUACAAAUGCGCUGUAAGCACACUAUUAGAUACUUCGAUUUAACUCUCAGAUAGGAAGUGCACCCCACUAAAAUACUAUUUAGCAGUUUAGCACCCAAAUAAUAAUAAGUUUUAAAACUGCAAUGUGACAGCAGUAUUUGACGCUUCUAUUUGACUCUCAGAUAUGAAGUACUAUCCCACUAAUGUACUAUUUAGCACCAAAAAAUAUUGACUUUUAAAAUUUCAAUGUAACCAUGGUAUUUGAAGCUUCUAUUUGACUCUAAGCUGUCCCUAUCAGCGGCAGCAUCCUCUCUCUACACUAAUAAGACCUCAUGUGCGUGCGGCUCUGAGCGAAUCCAGCUUAUUUCUAGAGGCUGGGUCAAAUGCUGCACUGGCCAAUCACAGCCAUGCCAUUAGUAGGCAUGGCUGUGAUGGCUUCUAAGGGCACACGAGUCAAACGCUUUGUUGAUUGGCUGCCCUGCAGCCUUUCAAAACGCGCCAUUCAAUCGCCAAACACCGAACUCCAAUCCAAACAUACAGUGAUAUGUCCGUGUUCGGGUCCGGGGUCCAAAAAAACCCAAUGUUCGGUACGAACCCGAACUUUACAGUCCCGGGUUCGCUCAUCUCUACAGAGGGCCAGUCAGAGCAACAUAGACAAUAAAUAACCAGAGCAUUCUUUCUACAUUUCUUGUCCUGUGUAAAUUGUUUAGUUUGACCAAAUAGGACAUAAGAGCAACAAAUUAACCUUCAACCAACAGAUAACCUUGUCCCAAAUUAAGUUAUUGUAGCUUACAAAAGGUUACAAUGUUCAGACUGCCCUGGUCUGCUCUGUUUUGCAUUUUCUCUUAGUCCAAACAGUUCCCAUAGGGUAAGAGACUACCUCCCAAGUCACUUCACAAGCAAUGUAAAUGAUAAAUUAUGUCAAAAGAGAAAUGCAGCAAAAGAGGUAUAGCAUAUGUAUUUAUAUGUGAAUAGAUAACUGUUAAAUAAACUGUUGCAUUCUUUUUAAAAUGGCUCUCUAAAUCUCAAUUCACAUUUUGUAUAGAAUUUAACAAACUGCACUUACUCACAACUUUGCAUGAACUUGUUUCCAGGAAUUACCAUUGUUGGAAUGAAUGCUGGUUUCUCAGACCAGACCUGGGAUUGGACUAUGGAGGAUGGCAAGUACUGGAUUCUACUCCUCAAGAGAUCAGUGAUGGUAAAAACUGCCAAACCUAUAUUGCCAGAAAUCAAAAUAUAUGUAAACUAUAAGCAUAACGAACUAUUGACAAAUGCAAUAUUUUACCGAAGACUAAUUAGAUAGAAUAAUUAGGAGGACGAAUGUAAUAUGAUCAAUGAAGGCUGAAAAGACACUGAGGGCAUGCACCCAGUUAGAACAAUCAAUUAAAUUUAUAAGAACGUAAAAAGUCCAGCCUUGAUAUAAAUACAAUUAUUCAAUUUAUUGUGUAUUUAAAAUAAAAUAUCAAUCAUAAAGUCUAGGCUUAAAUAUCAUCUAGCUACAGGAUGAGUAUUUGUGUCAGGUACACCUAAUUGCUGUAAAAUGACUCUACGAUCUCCAUACCUGUUUACAAUGGAAUAUGCAGGGUAUACACAUAACCUCUGUUGUCUAUGUGACUGUAAUAAUUGAAAAAACGCUUGGUAACUUAUGAAGACAGGUAUGAGAUCAUACACAGCAAUAAUUUAGACAUCCAAGAAAGUAAACAGAGGGAGAGGGGGCCUUAUUUAUUAACUCAUCUUGUGCCUUCGUGGGCACCUAAUUUAAGAUCCCCAUGCCCCCUAGUAUCUAUCUCUAUCCUGAUGCUACAAAAAUCAUUUGAAUGAGCAAUCAAAAAAGCAAAAAAUAAUACACAAAAAAUAAAUAAAUGAAAUAAGUGAAAUAAAGAAACAAAGGUUAAGUAAAUAAAUAAAUAGAAACUCUCGGUGUGAUCAGAAAUCUAUUCUCCAACAUCUUAGUAGACGGAUAAACCUCCAUUCACAAUAUACAGCUUAUGUCCAAGGAGAUCACACCAGAGAGAGCAAAGUCCCAAUGCGUGUUUCGACACUAACAACCGGGCUCUUCAAAGGGAACAGAUCAAUGCUAGCAGGAAAGUUUAAACAGAGGGGAGAGUGAACCCUGGCUGGGUAAUCGAUGAUCCAUUUAAAAGCUUCCACAUCAUAUGUGGAGCGAACAGUCGUCAUUGCUGACUAGUCUUCCAUGCAUGGAAAGGCCUUCCAGCUGAAGUGGUAGAGGUUAACACAAUAAAGGAGUUUAAACAUGCGUGGGAUAGGCAUAAGGCUAUCCUAACUAUAAGAUAAAGCCAGGGACUAAAAGUAUUUUAUGAAAGUAUUUAGAAAAUCGGGCAGACGAGAUGGGCCAAAUGAUUCUUAUCUGCCGUCACAUUCUAUGUUUCUAUGUUUCUAUCAGAUCAAAGCUCCACCCUGUCCUUAAUCCCAUUUAAACAUAGUUUAAUAUACUGAUAUAGUGGACAAAAGGAAAGAGGGCAUGUGAAUUAAGUAGUGGUAGUUGAGUGUGCAGCUGCAUUUUUUAUAUAUAUUUCUACCAUAGUGUAUUUUAUUACACUUGUAUGUUCACUUCUUAAGGAGUGCCGUUUUAGCGCUUUUACCAGUUUGUAUUUUUUUCAUUGGGAAAAACAAAUGGAAAUUAAUCCAGUAUACUGAUUGACCAACACAAUUUUAAACCUUACUUGUAAGCCAUCAUAUUCAGGGCUUCCCUGAGUUUAAUGUUAUUUGUGGGUCUUUUCUUUUCCCCUGAACUCAAAGACAAGAGCAUGUAUAAGAGUAAAGCAAGUAUUAUGGGAAAUCAAUGCCAUCAGGGGUUCUGGAGAUAUCAUAUUGUGCAUAAAACAAUAGUAUCAGCGCUUAGCAGACCAACCCCUCAUUUACAAGUAUGGGGACAGAGAAAAAAAAAUGCUCUAAAGUCUGAUCAAAAAAUAUACUUAUGCAAUGUCCAGUGCAAGUGUCAGAGUGGAGAUAUAUCCAAAUCGAUUUUUGCGCUCUCUUAUUAUUUUAUAUCACAGAUAUCAUAUUAUACCACGGGAAUAAAGGUCAAAGGGACACUCCACCGUCCAAAAAUAAAAACAUCACUGUACAUAUACCCCAAUGCAAACAUGUAUGCAUUUAACUAUGCAUUUUUUUUAAAUUGGGGAUAUAUUUAAAAACAGCUUGCAAAAGCCGCAGAUCUCUUGUCUGCAGCCUUUAUAAAUCCUCCCUUUCUAACACUGUCUAGACUUUCUGUGGCUGUCUAAUCACAAACAAUGCAAUGAAGCUCAAUGAGAAGUUUCUUAGUAAGGCAGGUUCCUGGGGAAACUGCCUGCCUCUUGAGUUUAGCUCCAGUGAGCUAAGCAACCAGGAAGAAACAAGAUCGGUUGUCUGAUUAAUGACUGUGUCUGAUCGUGAAACAUGGUUGAUUUAUAAAAUGGCCCAUUUUUCAUUGAAAUCAGCACUUUUUGUAAAAUUAAUAGAGAGGACAGACUCUUCACACAUAAAGCACUUCAGAAAGAUAAAGUGCUUUAGGGGUCCUGGUGUCCCUUUAAAGUAUUUCCACUGCUCAAUAUACAUACAUAAUAUGACGUGCAUUUGCGUAUGUAUGGAUGUGUGUUUUUGAUCACAUUUUAAUAAAAUCACUCAGCUAUUUACGGGAAUUGGUCAAUUGUUUGUCCAACUAUACUUGUCUGUACACCUAAUAAGUUGUUUAUUUUUAAUGGUUUUCACUUUUUAUUCCACUUGUAUCUAGCAUUGUAUUGCUGCGGCCCUGUAUCAGUUCAUGCAGUAAAAGAAGGAGAUUUGGAUCUUGACUACGAUACCCUCUUUGUAUACUCUGAAGUAAAUGCUGACCGUUACACGUGGGUGUACUAUGACAAGGACGUAAAAGAGAAAGUGUACACAGAUACCAACUUUGUGGGGAAAAAUAUGAGCACUAAGUCUGUAGGUACAUUUGAACGUGAAAUUAUUACCGAAAACUACAAAUACCCAGAAGGUAAGAGGCACAAAUUCUAUUUUUUAACGGCACUUCUCAGAUUAUCGGGCAUUAAUUGUCUACACUAACUGCUAAUUUUUUACUUCUAGAUUGCAAUAAGUCUUUUCACCGUGCAACAUUCAAAUUAUGUUAUUAUGUGGCCAACCUUUGAAUAUGUUUAUUAAUAUUGAAAAUGCUGUCUCCCGGUGGGUUUGUCUGAGCUAAUACCAUGCGGUUCUCUGUUAUGUGCUUGUUAAAGGAACACUCAAAGCGCCAUAACCCCUUAAGCUCAUAUAAGUAGUAAAGGUAGGGAACGACACACUACAGAUAAGAAGUCAAUCUGUUUAAACAUGGGUACACUACAAUGGUUAAGGUGCUUGGAAUGCUCUUUUAAGGUUAACAGUUUGGACUGGUUUUAAAGACAUAAAAGCCAACUCUAUGUUAGUAAAGUACUAAGACAGGUGGAAGAUAGGAAAAGGACACAUACUCAACAAUAGGCACCGCAUUACCAUACAAACAAGAAGUUAGAAACUUUGACCCAAGAAGGAAAGACGUUUAGCACAAGAAUGCUUAAGAAAAAAGAACAACUCGGAUUAAUUAAAUGCCCUGUCAUCUAUAAAACCAGUAAAUGAUUACGUCCAGCCAGAUAACUGUAUGAUCUGGAGCCAGAAAUGCACAGUCCAGUACCAGUAAACAAAAAAAGACCCACAGCCUCUUGGAGGGAGACUGGCCUUUGAGCUCCUCUUGAAGCCAUAAAGUAUCUACUCAGUGGUGGGAGAAACAUGCGAGUGCUGUUCCAUUGCUGUCCAUACAAACCUCCAUAAAGCUUCCAUUAAAGUAUCCAUUUUGGGGGUUAGAGACCCUAACACCAAUAUGGGCCUCAAUUUAAUAUUUUUGGAUAAGCUGUUCAAAUGGUUUAAUAUUUAUGGAAAAACUUUUUCAAAUGUUUAAUAUUUUGAAAAAUAUUUGUAUUUUCUAAUAUUUUCAUAUGUUUUAGUAUAUAUAUAUAUAUAUAUAUAUAUAUAUAUAUAUAUAUAUAUAUAUAUAUAUAGAGAGAGAGAGAGAGAGAGAGAGAGAUCAUUUUUCUAUAUUUUAAUAUUUUGAAAAAAAAUCAUUUUAAAUGUUUAUCCAAACCUAGUUCAUUUGAAAAUAUUCCAAAAUAUUUAAAUCGAGGGCAGUGUAUAAAAACUGGCAUUGUAGUUUUUAUGCUUUUCUGUUUGAUCUGAGUGUCUUCUGGGCAAUGACUAGUGAUUGUAAAAAACAAUCUGGUGUAAGUCCUUUUUUUUUUUUUUUCAACGCCAACUAAUAAAAUCAAACAUGUUGUUACUAUAACAAGGAAAAGCUGAAUUUCGCUUAAGAUGGAAAAUGAUUACAUUUGCAUUUAAAAUUACAGUAACUUUCCUGUAUGGAUGGGGAACAGAAUUGCUUGUAGCCAGGACCAGCAUAUUAAUAUUGCUUUCCUAUUGCAUGCCUACUACGUGAAACAAUCGUCUCACAGUAUAGUUAGUUAGGCAUCUAUGCAAAUUAGCAUAGCUUCAUUGUUUUAUAUUCCAUUAUGGUUUCUUUCCUUUUUAAAAAUAACAAAAAGUGGUAUGCCUCAUCUCCAUGAAUACCUUAUGAUUGCACCGGUGUCUCCCACCCAUUGUCAUAUGCACCGUUAAAUUCAGUACCAUCUAACGAAAUAACCCUGCCUGCCUUAAGAUAUGUCUAAGCUUGUUCAUUUAUAAACGUUUGAUUUUCGAUUUGCCUAGCAUGUACUUUAAAAGAUAAACUUUAAAGGACCACUCUAGGCACCCAGACCACUUCAGCUUAAUGAAGUGGUCUGGGUGCCUGGUCCAGCUAGGGUUAACCCAUUUUUUAAUAAACAUAGCAGUUUCAGAGAAACUGCUAUGUUUAUUAAUGGGUUAAGCCUUCCCCCUAAUCCUCUAGUGGCUGUCUCAUUGACAGCCACUAGAGGCGCUUGCGUGCUUCUCACUGUGAUUUUCACAGUGAGAGCACGCCAGCGUCCAUAGGAAAGCAUUAUGAAUGUGACCGGCUGAUUGCACGCGCAGCUCUUGCCUCGAGUGUGCAUUCAGCCGACGGGGAGGAGAGAAGGAGGAUCGGAGGAGGAGAGCUCCCCCCCCAGCUCUGGAAAAAGGUAAGUUUAAACCCCUUUCCCCCUUCCAGAGAUGAGGACCCUGAGGGUGGGGGCACCCUCAGGGCACUAUAGUGCCAGGAAAACGAGUAUGUUUUCCUGGCACUAUAGUGGUCCUUUAACCUACAUUAUCACCAUAGACAGCCAGAAAAGCUUAUACUUACAUCUUAUCCUGUGUUUUGUCUCUCCUCCUAUCAUUAUAAACUGAAUAACUGUGCUGUCUUUUCGUAUGCCAUGUGAUGCUUAUAACCUGCUUGCGACUGCUAUUGUGGCUGAGCAAGACUAUUGUUAUUCCACGCACAACCUAAAUAAAAUAAAAAAGAAAUAAAAAAAUAUUACAGUAACUUAAAAUUUCUAUUUCUAGAAGGUAGCAUUUGAUGUAGCCUCAAAACAUCUAAAAACAUGUAUUGUGCGUAACAGGAAUUUAUCAAAUAUAGAAUGUCAUAAGUGCAACAAAAUACCUCUUUACUCCAAGCUACUACGUUACAUUUCAGAAUAUUUUGUAUUUUGAUCCAAAAAUUUUUAAUUUUUUUUUAAAGGGUCCGAAGAAGAAAGAGUCAUUUAUCAGAAGGCUACCAAAAAGUUGGCUGAAAUGGGAAAACUGAAAAAGGAACAUCUUGGAGAAAGAACAGGGAAAAAGCGCUCCAAAAAGAAGAAAAACGUUGACACUAGCGCAGACAGCAACAAUGAGGAGCCAGUUACAUUAGUCAUCACAGGCAAAUUCAAGCUGCAGGCAGAGCCAAAAUUUGGAGAAGAUGUCAACCUAAUGUUGAUACUGAGAAACUCUAGCAAAAAUAGUGAAACUGUGAAAAUUAAAUUAAGUUCAUCUUCUAUUGAAUACACUGGGAGGCCACGCUCUGAGAUUUUUAAGGAUUCAACAUCUUGUACUAUAGCACCCAUGGAAGGUAAUGCAUAAUUGAUAUUAUAUUUUAUAUAGGCUUUUUUCCCCAGGUGUACUACACUCUUUCUUUACUCUAUAUCGUUUUUUCCUUUUUCAUUCUAUCAUUUUCAGUACUUGAAAGUGAGGAAUUUCCUUUUGCCAUGGUCUUUUGUAUCAGUUUGCAACUCUCUGUAUUUCUCCUUGUCCCCAAACCAGCUGGUGAGGAGCCACAAUGAACGAGACAAGACAAUGCAAGGUUCAAAGUGACUUCUAACAUUUAAUGGACUGCGUAACUGGUUAUAUUCAGCAGGAAACAGGGCUGGUCUUACAAGUAUUAUCCAAUCCCUAAAAAAAUCUAUAUUAUCUUAACAUCUUAACCUAUAGCUAGCUUGCAGGUGUAUCUUCAUGUUCAGGCCUUGCACAAAGCUAAGUUUCAAUAUAACUACGCACUUAGAAUUUAUACGCACUUAAAAUUAAAAGAUAUUAACUGCGCAGUUCUAAUUACACAUUACUACGCAGUUAUGAUCACAGUAAACAAGGCCAAUGGUACAAACACACAGGAAAUAACACUAACACCUGUUACAUGAUGUUCUAUAGCUCUUGUCUAGGGGCAUUUUUCACUAAGCAUUGUAUGUAGACAAAGUGUAUUAUUCCCAAUAGCUGACUUGCUCCAAGUUAGCCAAUUUUAAACAGACUGGACAUCUGGUCAUCUGUAGCUUGAGCCUUGGGUCACUAAGCAUUGUAUAUAGGCAAAGUGUAUUAUUCCCAACAGUACUCCAUAUUUAACAUUUUACAUUGAUGGUCAAUUUGUCAAUAGAAUGAUAAUGCCAGCUGUUACUUGUAUGCAUUGUACACAAUUUAUUUUAUUUUAUAUAUCAUAUGUAGACAUUGUAUGAAUAUAUAUCCCAUAACUGUUAUAGGUUGUCCUAUUGUAAGCUUGUUUACAUCUGCACAAGAUGAUUGUUGGAGAUUUAUGUUCAUGCAAGAAUGUUUCUUCAAGGACCAAUAAAGUCACCCAGACCACUUAAUAUCAAAGAAGUAGUCUUGGUGGAGUAGCCCUGUAGUUGUACGUUGCUGGUGACAGCAUGAAAGACAGGUACUAGUGGCAUUUCCACUGUAACAAACGUGUGAAACUCAGGCAUGUGACCAAAAAUAGCUCAUUGAAAAGGAGCAUUGGAUUGGAGAAGAAGUCAAUGAUACAAUGCCUCUAUAAUGAAGUUGCAGGGAGUUGUGUAGCAGGCAGCACAGAGGAUCCCAAAUCUCUAUGCACAUUUAAAGAAGUGGUAUCACUCCAAUGGCCAUUAAAGUGUAAGCCCUCCUGUCACAUCAAGGCAAAACCUCUUAGGUUAAUUUAAUUUGAGCACAGGGCUUAAUUUUCUAUGUUUGUAUUUGCUUUUGUGUUACACAGCCAUGUUACAAUGUUGUCGCCCACCCCAUGUGUUCCCUAUCAAGGGUUAAUAAGUGUGUAGGGGUUUAAAAAAAUACCCCUCUCUGUAUCAUUAGACAUUUUAAAGUGUAACUGAAAACAGCAAGAUUAAUUGUUAUUACAUGAUUCAACAAAGAGGUUUUUCCUUGACGUGGCAGGUGAGUUUACAUACAUAUUGGCAUCCAUUGGAGUGCUACUGAAACACCUCCAGCAAUUUAAACGUGCAUAGGGAUUUGAGAUAGUGUGCCAGUAGUUUUUUAUUUUUAUUUAUAUAGAUAGUAGAUAGCGAGGGAGGUAGAAAUAUAGUGUUGAAAUGACUGCAGCAUUAAGAACAGCAGGACACCCCCAACGGAAUGUCUAGGUUCCAGUGUGAUAGUUGGAAGCCAUUUUGAGUAGUUACUGAGGAAUCAGCUAUUGAUACAGAUAUGUGCUUGAGGCUGGAUAAAAGACUUUUAGUGAAACAGCACUGAAUUUUAUAAUCAUGAACACACAGGAAACUAGAUAGAUAGACAGACAGAUAGCUAGACAGACAGAUAGAUUUGGAUGCACUGAUUUUUUGAGCACUCUGGCAAUUGAUAUGGUAAAAAUGUAUACAAGUUUUAGUUAUUUUUAGGAAAAAUUAUGCUAUAAUAUAUAAAAAAUAUUGUUUAAUCAAAUGCUUAUGUUAUAGAAUUACUCAUGCUCGUGCUACAUAGCAAAGUAUGCAUAAUGUUUAAAUGGAAUAAUUGGUUAGUUUAAUAGCAUAAACUUAUAUUUUAAGGAUAAAUAAUAACAUUUAGAAUUCCUCAUUGCAGAAAAAGAGAUUCCAGUAAAAAUAACUGCAUCUAUGUAUGAGGAGGAACUGACGAAAGACUAUCUUAUUGAAGCGGUUGCUCUGUGCGAGUUGAAAACAAAAAAAAAACUACUGGUUCGCAAAGUCAUAGCUAUGGGAAAACCUCCAAUAGAAAUUAAGGUAAAUGUGCUUCUCUGUGCAAAGCAGAAGAGAAUAAACACAAAAGGAUCAAUUUACUAAUAUUUUUUUUCUGUUGACAAACUUACAUUUAUUAGCAAGCAGAGAGAGAGAAAAAUAAUCAAUCUCUGUAUCACCAUUAAAUAAAUAAUUUAGAAAAUAUGAGGUGCAUAAUAGCCUACAAAAGACCUGGCAUUUGGCAUUUCCUUUGCCAAUACCCCAUGCACAUGGGAGUACAGGGGAGACAUACCAGGUACCCCCAUUCUUUUGGUUGUGGGGUUUCACAGUACUAAUUAUUGGGGCCAGAGGAUGCUACCACUAUGCCGAAUAAUAAUAAUGGCCCAUUUCUUUGGUCCUAUCAUUGUGCAUAUGGUGGCCAAUCCAGUGGAUGUAAAAAUGUUGAUAGGGACAGAGAAUGCCCUUUUUAUCAAUACAUCCUAUAGCCUCAAUUAUUACCUUACACUCCACAGCCUAUGCAGCGGAAUAAGGUAUAGAGGCCACUUGGCAAGCCCCUACCCAAUAUGCCUCCUAUCCAUCCACCCAUCAACAUAGGGUAGACAGAAAGGGGAGACCAUAUGCAAUGCCUUACCUAGUAGUAAAUCUAAUGUCUAUUAUGCCCCAUGAAUUGUGUGUACGCCACUGGGGCCAGCUGGGAGGAUGUCUGUGAGUCCGGUGUGGUUGGCACGACCCUUUAGUGGGCAGGUUCACCCAUCAAGGCAACACCUCCUAGUAAAGCCCACCCACCCUGAUUUCCCGAGUGCCAAAUUUGGAAGGUAUGAUUGUGUAGUAUAUAGAUGGAUAUUGCAUUAUAUGAAUGCCAAUUGUCAAAUCUAGAUGUCCACAGCAUAUAGAGGCUACUGAAAUCCAAAGGAAUUUUUAGAGGUUACCAAGAGAGACAAUACAAAGAAAAACCAGAAGGGGGCUGUAAAACAACAGUGAUGACUCCAACUGAAAUGGCCAGCAAAUGACAUGUAGUGUUGAGUUUGGGUGCUGUUGCAAUGAAUAGAGGAGUGGAUAUUAUUUACAUUGAUGAUGUGAAGUGCUUCCAUUAUGUGUCAUAAAUCUACGGACACGCAGGUCCACUUUAUUGCAGUUGCAUACUAUAAGUGUUGUAAUUCUUACCUUGUCUAAAUGCUGUAGAACGUCCUUACUUGUUUCCACUUGUGACAAAAUUUAAUGGGAGAAAGUUAGUUUUUUUUUUGUUUUUGUUUUUUAAAUAACUAUAUAAAAUAUUAAACUAUAUAAAUUUUUUCUACUUAUGUUUCUUUUAAUUUAAGGUAUUAAGUUAUGCUGUGGUAGAUGAGCCGUGUGAAUUGCAAAUUAACUUCACAAAUCCUCUUUCUGUCCCACUAAAUGAUGGGAUACUGUUGGUAGGAGGCAGUGGUCUGGUGAAGAAACUGAUAAAAAAGAAGUAAGUACAUUUAGGGCAUACUCAGAAAAUGCUGCUGUAUCCUGGAUAAGUUACCUGUUGUAAGCGUAUAUAGGUACAUACAUGGAUGGAUGGACAAAUUAAUCUGAUGAAAUAUAAAUAUCUUAAAAUAACAAUAGAUUGUUAAAAUUACAUGAGUAAGAUAUUUAUCCUGAUGUUGGUGAAUGAGCAUACUGUUUAAUAAACAUUGCAGUGUUAUUAAAAUUCUAUAUUGGGAUUUAGAACUGUACAUACCUUGGUAUUGCAUUAAAUGGUACAUGUCAUGACAAAUGCUUAUUAUUACAUGAUAGAGAAUCAGAUUUAAUCUAUACAUUGUGCUAGCACAAUUAAAAGUAAAAAAAAAAAUUACUGCUUGAAUUCAGGCUAAAGGAAAGCAAUGACUGCAAGGGGAAGAAGGGAGAAGGGGCAGGCUCUGUGUUAGAGGGGCACCAGCAGCUUCGGACAGAUAACCUGAGAAUUGAGAUAACAGAUAUGUUUUAUUUACACAACGUCAACAUAAUGCUGGGAACUUUUAACAUGUCAUGGGAAGCAAGUAUGUGGGUAUGCAGAAGAAGUGUGUCUUACAGCAAGUAGAAACAUCACUGAAAACAUGACUGAUGCAUAUGGUAGAAGACAGGGAUCAUAGAAAUACAUUAAUAUGUGAGCUUUUAACAGUAUUAAGAGACAAAACACUUAAUUGUAAAACAUGAGUCAAGCCAGAUGGUCAGAAAAUUGCAAAUCUAUAUCUGUUAUGGCAGGUUCACUUUAGAAUUGUGUCCUGAAUUUCACAUAUAUAAAUUGUUCUACAAUUAACAAACUAAAUACUUUGAUAAUAUUAACAAAUACAAGGGUCAUAUCUGCAAGAUGAAUCACCUCUGAGUUACCACUACCACUUGUGUUUUUUCACUCUUCAAAGCCUGUCAUUCUUCUGAAGAGUCAGUCGCAGAGUCCCUUAUUAAAGGCUAUUGUUGUAAGUCACAGUUAACUCUCUAACACUUCACUAUGUGGCCAAUAUCAUAUGAUGGGCAAGACUCUUUACAAACAUUUUGGAAUACAAAGCUGUUAGCCAAUCAGGGCCAGGAAUACUUUUUUGAUAAAGAAAAAAUAACAUAGAGGAUUUCCUCAGUGCAAAUGGACACGUCUGCUCCCCAGAUAGGAUUUUUGUAAUAGUGGCUUACCAUCUUGGAGAUUAUAAAAAUAUUUGUAAUGCACAUGUCACGAUUCGGGGAGCCCAACACACUGGCACACACACACACACACACACACAGAAAAGGUGCCGUACCGGACCUUAGAGUGGCCGGGCUAAGCACACACAGAAUAGUCAGGAAACAAGCCGAGUAAGGGGAACCAGAAGACAGAAUAACGUGAAACAAGCCGAGGUCAAAGGGUAGGAGAAAGUCACAGUGUCAGAUAAACAAGCCAGAGAGUACGUAACCAGAAGCACAAGGUAAGUAGCAAUACUAGUAAGCAAAGACCACAAUAGGGCAGGGAGGAACAGGAAAGGUAAGUAUUUCAACCAUAAGGUUAAUUCUGAUUGGAUAAUUUCCAAUCAGAAUUAACAAUCACACGUGGGAGAUAUCUAGACCUCCCACUGUGAUUGAGACACUGUGCCUUUAACGCCGGGUCAGGUGACUGACCCCGGCGUGUACUAACUUGGGCGGUCUCCCAGCGUGCAGCGUCAUGUAUGCUGCCGCUGGGGGACGUGGAGGAAACGGCGGGCGGCAUCCGAGGCUGGAAGGAUGCCGCUCGCCGAGCCCACGAGGAGGAGGGGACCGCGGACGGCUGGAGGGUGAGUACCGUGAGUGGAGUGCAGCCUCCCCUCGCAGCCGCCCGCGGGAUCCCGACAGCACAAACUGAUUAUGGAUAUCUUUGCGGUGUAAUACCUUUUUGCCUGAGGCAUCUGAAAAGUAUACAACACUAGUUUAGGACAUCCAUUUUCUCAGUGUAGCUGCCAGUGACAGGGUUACUUUAUUUGUCUUUGCUUAAUACAACUGUUUAAUCCCCUAAAGUCACAACUUCUGUAAAAAAGGGAAUCAGGACGGAAUAGUUCAGUCAUGUGCCCUUAAGGGGUUAAGGCAACAAAUAUAAAAUGCAGUAGUAUGAAGAUGAUUUAAGUUAUCUGGUGCCUGCCCCUUCCAUUUCUUCCGUUAAUAGAACUAAAGAUGGUUGUUUCUAUUUCACUGUCAGAAUUUACAAUUGAAUUUCUAUGUCUCGGAGUUAGGUAAAUCAAGUACUUUUUAAGUGCUCUCUCAUAACUGCCUUGUGUGCCAACUACAGCAUUCAGGUAUUUGCAUAAGAUUCAUUUUCUAAAUGUCACCUCGAAAAUGAUUGAUUUGCCCGCAUCCCCUGACUUAGAAAAAGCGUUGCAAAAUCAUGCAAUAAAAAUUCUUGUUUGCUUGGCAAAAAAUUUCGACUAUGUAGACUAUGUUGUAUUAUAUGCAUUUCUUUGUAUUGCGGAAAUGAAUAUUGCAUUAUGUUAACCAUUUUAUGUCUAAUUUCUUGCAGUCUGGUUUUACCUUUCUUAAGACAGUGCAACAUUUAUUUGUUUCUAUAUUUAUACUAUUUUACUCCUCUAGAGCUUGUAAUUAAUCUCUUGGAGAAAUAUCCCUGCCAUGUUGCAUAGCAAUUGCUUUGGAAUAAAAAUGAAAUCAUCUAAUUCGAAUGUUGCAGCAAGAUGAUAAUAAUGUUUGUAAUUACAGGGUACCAAAGAUGGAGCCAAAUGGGCAAGGCAGCAUUCUACUGGAAAUCACCCCGUACCGAAGUGGCAUGAGGCAGCUAGUAGUGGAUUUAAUCUCGAAACAGUUUCCACCUAUAAAAGGAUCUCACAAUUUCCAUGUUGAAAAUCUUAAUACAGAAGAAACCAUAGAUUUAACGGACAACUAAACAUUUUUUUUUAUAUAAAUAUUUUUGUUUUGAACAAUCCACCACUAAUGCCUUUAUGUUUUAAUACAUUUUACUAAUACUGUUUCAGUUGUAAAACUAAAGAAAUUUAAUCUCACUAUGUUUAAAACAAGUUUAUCCUCUACUCCACAAAAUGCCUCACACAAUGUAAAAGAUAUUUCAUAUUGCACCUAAUUCCUUAGAAAUCUGUGUUCCUGGCACUAUAAGUCCCUCUAUCCCUCCCCACAUCCCCUCCUCAUGCCCCCCCCCCCCCCCCAACAGUAUAAGGGCUAAUAAACACUUACUGUACUUAUCCAAUUCCAGCGUCAAUUUCCCUUGGUGUUUGGUCGGCACUCCGCCCCCUCUGCCUUCACCUGACAGGGGAGGCUAAUACGCAUGCGCAGCAAGCUCCACGAGCACAUCAGGCUCUCUGCAUAGGAGUGUAUUGCUGCAAUACUUUCCUACGGGGAUUUUAC